GAGGAGGAUGAGAGGCGGGCUAAUAUGAGAAGCGGGGGUUGAGGCGUCAGUUGAGGAGAUUAAAAAAAAAAAAGCGUCCUCCGCCUUCUUUAGCAGCACCGCCCUCCUCUUGCGUCGCCAUUGGCGGGAGCUGGAGCUCAGUCAGAGCAAGCUGCCCUUUUUAUUGGCCAGCAGUACAGCAGGUGGGUGUUGCUGUCCUUAGCCGCGGCCGCUCCCUCCCGGCUUGAAACCUCGCUGUUGCCGGUGAGUGUGAGGCGUUGAAGCUGGAACAGCGCGGCGGGUGGGGCGCUGCGACUCUCUCCGAAGGUGCCGGGUACCGAGUCUAGUCUUCCCACAGCGAGGAGCAGGAGCCGCGGCGGUUCGCCCACCCCACCCCCCCAACCUCCCGGGCUUUGGCCAGACUCAGGUGAAAAUCCUGCUUCAGGGACGGCGCGGGACGGGACGGGAAACACGCGAGAGAUGGCGCUUGGCUUUCAGUUUGGCGCCGGCGGGUUGAGGUUCAUCGCGAGGCGGGCGGGCGGGUGUGGCUUAACUUCUAGAAUGCCUUUCUUCUGCCAAGCGGGCUGCAAGCCCAGGAAGUGCCACCCACUGUGGGGGCAUCGGCUUUGGAGGGGGGUGGAAGCGGGGUGGGGUGGGGGGAAGGUGCAGCCUUCAUCUCUUGGCUUCCUUUCCGCCUGGGGUGGGGGAACGCUGUGCAAUUGUCACGCACAGGAUCCUUCCCUUGCCGCACUGGCUACCUGUGCUUCCCCUCCCCCCCAUACCUCUUUCCCCUCCCCCCCACCGCCCCUAACCCCAACAACCCUGCAGGGGAAAUGGCUUUAAGACUACCGCCUCUUGCCUCUCUGAGAAAGCAGCUGAUCGCGUGCUUCUCUCACCCUCUGCUGCCUGUUACCUAUAUCCUGCUCUUGUUGCAAGAGAUUAAACCUGCUCGUUCCCUUUCCUCGGUUUGUAGCUGGGGUUGCACCCUCUAAUCUAAGGAUUUCCUGCCCCCUCUUCCCCCCCUUUUUUUUAAAAAAAAAAACAAAGCUGGGAAGUAACGGGCAGUAUACCGCUUGGCAGCUGUCAGGGCUCCCGCCUGAGUCACGGGCUGACAACCUUGUUGCAGACAUUGCAAUGGGCUUGGCUUCCGCCCGCCGAGCUUGACUUCCUCAUUCAGUUGGCGCUGCUUGAGUCAAGCCAGGAAAGGGGGAGGAGGGAGCGACGGGGCAAGACGAAGCUUGCAGGAGGAGAGUCUCUCUGGUAGAUUUUGCAGCUGCCCCCGUUCUCAAAUGGGACCAACUUCUCCUCUCUGUUCAGCCAACUUCCUUUGAAUAAAAGGCGGUGAAAUGCCCUGGUUAAGCAACAACGGGCGUUUAUUUCCCUUUGGCAGGGUGGUUCAAACAAGAGUCCAGCAGUCCCAGGGUCUGUAUCUGGAAGGAGCAACUUGUGAAAAGGAAAAAGAAAUGGGACAAGAUUCCAGCUCAUGUGUUUAUUAGUUGAAUGUGGAAAGUGGGAAAAUGCUCUGAGGCAUGCUACUUCUAGAAUAUUCUCCUGUGGCAAUUGUUGCUCUUGGGGAAAUACUCCAGUUGACUCUUAAGCAUUGUGAUAACUGUGAAGCAAGGAUUUUAGAAAGUGGGUUCUCUCUCGCUCUUGUCCCUUGAUGAUUGUUGCUAUCUUUCAAACUUACAUUUGUGGUAGAGAGUCUAGGGGAUCUGUAUUGCCUCCCUGUUUUGGCUAUCCCUUUUCUGUGGAGCAGAACUACUUGCUAGUUUCAAUACUUAAUUGAUAUAAGGAAAGUGCCAAUGCCCAUCCCCCCCUUUUUUUUACUGGCUGUGUCUACUUUUUCAUUUUGCUCUUGGUCUUGCCUUUACUUCCUUUCUGUGUAUAAUCUGUGACUCUAAGUUACUUCCAACCAAUGUACACCUGGAGAGUGGAGUCUGUUUUAAAAAGAAGCUCCUCCAGGGCCUGUUUGUAGACAGCAGCAGCAUCCCUCUAGACUAGAGAUAAGUGUACAAAGUAUCAUGCAGGUCUGACUUGCAGGCGUGCCUGAGAAAUAAGGACUCCCCAAAGCAUUCAGGAUUUUACCAAUCUGUCAGACUUGUGUACUGCUGGCAAGCAAGAUGGGACUUGCAUUUUCAAAAAGUAGCAUCUGAACUGGCAACAAAUGACUCGUAUACAAAAGUUUUGUUUGUUUCGCGGUAUAAUUACCCUGCAAAUAACCGCAACAAAACUUGGCUGUUAAUGCUAACAUGUGCAUCUGUGACUAAUGAUUCUACCCAUGAUGAAACUCUAGUUUGAACUGCAUAGGUAAAAAAAAGAAUGCUGUGGCUAAAGAGAAUGUAUGAACCCUGGUCCUCGGAUUAACACACUUCUACAACUUCUUAAAAAUGUAGUUUCUUCCCUUAAGCAUAGGUGUGACACAACAGAAUCCAAAGUAAUGACUGCGUAAUCAGUUACUGCUUGUAUAAAGAUACAUUAUUAGUCACCAGGUGAAAAAAUGCUAUAGUUUCUUAUCUUUGCCACUCCAGUGAAAGCUGCAAACCUUUGCACUGGCUAAUACUCUCUGACUCAUGGACUUGCUGUCUGGAGCUAUGACGUUAUACUUGUGUAUUCAACUGAAAUGAAAUAAUUGAGAUAAAUUCUAGUCGCUUAUCUGUGUGAAUGUCUUGGAGGGCCAAUACAAUUAGCCUGCCAUUUUGAGCCAAAAAGUAUCAUGUUAGCGGUUGAUAUGAGCUGGCUUGUUUCUGUCAGUAUUUGAGGGCAAAUUAGGCAUAUUAAUGUAGCUUUUGGAAAUAAUUGCUCAGGAGAAAGCUUGUGUUGAUGUAGAACUAGGAGGGUGUGUGGCUCAAGCGGUAGAGCAUCUGCCUUGCCUGCAGAAAAAGGUUGUGAUUCAGGGCUGGAAAUGUUCCCAGUCUGAAAGUCUCUGCCAGUCCGUGUGGGCAGUACUGAGCUAGAUGGACCGAUGUUCUUGACUCUGUAUAAGGUAGUUGCCUAUGUUCCCAUGUUACCCUGAGUCCUCCUUGUGGUUCUUGACUGGUUGCAGUAAUAGUUACAAGUGCAGUCUCCUUGCUACUGCCUUGUCUAAUGCAAAACAGUGUUAUAGACACACCCAGUUAUUAUAUCCCCCACGAUAUUUCUUUCAAUUGAUACUGGGCAAUGAGAAAUAUGUUUGUAGUCCUCUGCAGGCCAGUGCUAUUAUGGGUGUGUGGAACCUGUGGCCCUCUACACGUUGCUGGAUUCCCAACUCCCAUCAGCCCCAGCAAGCAUGGCCAGUGGUUGUGGAUGAUGGGAACUGUAGUUCAACAACAUCUGGCGGGCUAGAGAUUCCCCACCCCACAGCUAUGAUGAUCUUCAACAGUGGGGAAGGUCCCUCAGUAAAUGUAGGUAAUGAUUAACCACCACAGGUGACCAAGCGAGUCUUCAUCCUUUACUGCAGCCCCAGAUUUGCUACCUGUUGCACCUUGGAUCAGUCCAAUCUACUUUUUGAAACUCUGGAUAUUUAUUCCCCAUCCAUCUUCUCCAAGGAGUCCAGAGCAGAUAGGGUGACUUGUAGAAGAAUUUACACAGGGUCAGUUAAACAUGCCCAAAUUAACUUUUGAAAGAUUUGGAUUCAGACUAAAGGGGCAGCAUACCAAGUCAGAUAUAACUUGGUCUGAAAGUACUUGGAGUAAAAGGUAAAAUUGUCUGAAAUGUAACAGCAAAAGAAGCUGUCAUCCAUGCAAGCCUUAUCUGUGUGUUUGAGGUUUCCAAGGAUGGGGACAACUAGAAACUAAGGGUAAUAUCCAGUGUUAGUUGUGCUUAGAAUAUACAUGUUGAAAUUGAGAGAUGAGUAAUUUGUCCAUUGAUUUCACAGGUCUAAUCCAUGUAUGACUAUCACUGGAGAUCUCCUUAAGAGUUACUGUAAUUUGAGAGCCAGCAGUGACCAGUGAGUGAAUAAGCAUGCCCACUUAACUGCUAUUUAUUUUUCUAGCCUAAAUUGAGACAGGCUUUUUGCACAGUACAGUCUUCUUAUUUAAUUCGUUAUGCUUACUGUUGUGGCGUGCUUGGGCCGCAUGUGACCUAAAGGUCCUGUAUUCCAUGAACUCCUGUUAAUCCAUAGAGUUUGACUUGAAUUUAGGGCUGGAUGUGAAGGGAGAGUAGCACAUUACAUUCUCACUGCAGUUUUGAGAGUUAACUUUGGUACAUGCUAGUCUUGUCCUGGAUAGCUUCAGAUUAUUUCCCUUCAUGCAGAACCUGAAUUCUGUUCUCCUUCCUCCUUGUAAAGGAGCUCAUCUUGAUUUUGGAUAUGUCUCCCUUAAGGAUUCCAAAAUUCCUCUGUUAAGAGCUACACUUGGAGCCUUUAAUCUCGUAUUGCAAAAUACUGCCAUAAGUGCUCUCUUAAGAGGAAGUCUUGGAGUUACUAGGAGUUACAAAUACUUGGGGGAAGGAAGAAGUAAUACAGUAGACUUUUGAGAAGAAUUGGAUGCCUUUUAUUAAAUAAUGGAAUAGAUGCUGGAGUAUUUGCCAUAAUGGGCAUUCAGCGUUCAAAAUUAGCUGGGCGCCAGUCGCAUUUUGCGACUGGCAACUGGCCUCCUGCAACUGGAUGGAGAUAUCAAGGAGGCAUGCUUUGCGCCUAGCAUGUCCACCUGCCUGGCUGUAGUCAUCUGGUCUGCCGGGCACUCCCGCCAAACACCUGAUUUGCCGAACGGUGCAGCAGGAAAAAACACACUUUUUUUGCUUCCAUGCGGCCACACUGGAGUGAAUCAGGUGUUUGGCAGGAUAGAGUGGAAGCAAAAGACACGUAUUUUGCUGCUGCACUACCUUGCAGACCCCCUGAUUUCCUAGCCAGCUCCCCACCCAGUGUGGCUACCUGGUCUGGUAGCAGGGCAGGAAAAAACAAACAAUGCACCUAGACAUUUUGUUUUGCCGCCUGCGGCCUAGGUCCCAGGAGCCACAUGGCUUCUAGCAUUCCUGUUCCAGUUUCUAACACUGGGCAUUUUGAUAAUGGACUAAGAUGGAUUUAGUUAGCAUGUAAACCAUCUAACCUGGAAGCUUGCAAUUAACGUGGUAACAUUUAAUUUUUUGUUUUAUGCUGGCCUAUGCAUUUUUAAAUCUACAAUAUUGAAAUGUAAAUUUAAAAAGAGGGAGAGUCUUAGAAAAUAUGCUGGAUCUCUUCUCUUCACAUCUCAUGUACUAGAUGAUUGCCAGUUUUUAGUGGGUUUUUUUUUUACUGACGUGACCAAAUCUUAAAUGUUUUGUGCUAUUAUUGUACCAUGUCAAGAUGCUGCUGGUAGGAAUACAUAUACAUAUACAUACAUACUUUGAGAGAGAGAGAGAGAGAGCUUGUUUUGUGGUAUUAUGUAAGUUUUACCUUAAACUGUUGAAUUCUGGCAGAAAUCUUUGGCCAAGAUUCAACUUCCCACCCACUUCGAGUGCAGGAGUGAAAAGUGCUUCUGAACAUGCAUGAGGGAGGGUCUGGCAGCAGUCCUUUGUACCUUAUGAAGUACCGCACAAUGGAGUCCAUGACCUAGAAGGGUGCAUAAGUACUCUAGAAUAACUUCCACAUUUGCUAGAUUUUAUUUUUUUCACUUUUAAAAUUACACUUGUGCUAGUUUGGAUCCUGGUCAUUUUAUAUCUGCUUUUCAGAAAAUCUAUACAGUGGUGCCUCGCAAGACGAAAAGAAUCCGUUCCGCGAGUCUCUUUGUCUUGCGGGUUUUUUCGUCUUGCGAAGCAAGCCCAUUAGCGGAUUAGUGCUACAGUAUUAGCGGCUUAGCGGGCUUAGUGGAUCAGCUGAUAAGCGGCUUAACGAUAAACUGAUAAGCGGCUUAACGAUCAGCUGAUAAGCGGCUUAGCAUCAGCUGUUAAGCGGCUUAGCCAUCAGCUGAUAAGCGGUUUAGCGGCUUGGGAAAAGGGGGGGGGGAAGGAAAAAAAACCCGCAGGAACUCGCAAGACAUUUUCAUCUUGCGAAGCAAGCACAUAGGAAAUUCGUUUUGCGAAGCACCUCCAAAAUGGAAAACCCUUUCGUCUAGCGGGUUUUCCGUCUUGCGAGGCAUUCGUCUUGCGGGGCACCACUGUAACUGGAAACUGCUGCUGAAUGGGCAUAGCUCAGCCUCCAGUUUGUAGCUGGUGAGUGCUUGCACUAUUCACCUUGAGCUGUAUCUAAUUUUUUUUCAUGUAUUUGGACACGGCAGGUGUUCAGGUAGGCCAGAAACAGGCAGGCAUGGAAGAUAAUGCAAGUUUCUCUCUCGAGCCUGGGGCAAAUGUGCACUAUUAAUAAAAGGGACCAUAUUUCAGAGUAUCUUUAUUCUAACCGGUCUCUGCAAAAAUGGUUAGUCAAUGCAUGCACCCAAAAUGUCACUCGCAUAAAAAUCUGACUUAUAAUUAUUUACUUUCUAAAAGAAGACUUGGACAAAUGAAUGAUCUACAUAGCGGGGGCAGGUUUUAACUUUCUACUCCUACAUAUCAUGCACAGGGUUACAUUUAUUUCUUGUCUAGGAUGCCAUAAUAGGAUGAAAUCUCCCAGAGAAGUCCUGGGAGGUACAGGCACUCCAACAAUGGGUACUUGUAAAAUUUUCCAAAGCCAUAAGAGAAGUCCUUCUUUUUGGAGGAUGCUGCUUAGUACUUGGGCCAGAUCCCACAAAGCAAUUUCCUUAUGAAGCAGCAAUUCCGAUACUUAGUUGCCAUAUUCCUACAAGACUGCUCUGAGCUAUCAAAUUUCCACACAUCCAGCUUGCUAACAGAGCUAUGGAAAAUAGUAUAGAUCCACCUUAACAAGAGUGCCUAUUUUCAUAGAUGUAAAUCAUAAUUUGGGCGGUUUUUUUUCAUGUGGAGACUUUUCAUGGCAUGAACAGACUCGGUAGCUUAGAUCUAGUUGUGCCAUGUUUAUAUGCAAACUACUGCCAGCUAUCAGCUUUUAGGCAAAUGGCUUCUCUGAUCUGAUGUGUGUUCACUGUCAAUAGCUCCUAUCUAUGCAGGCUGAAAUGUAAUAGUACUGGAUUGCCUGAAGUAGCAUAGUUCUUGUUGACUGUGAAUCUAAGAUGACUUUGUUCUUACCUUGACUUGAAGCACCCCUCCCCGUAUGACAUAUGUGACAAAAGAACAUGGAAAGAGGUAGCUAAAGACUUGAUGGCAAGAGUACAUGGACUGCUUGUGGUUACAUACAAUUACAGACUCAUCCCUAGAAGCUAAACAUUAAGUAAUGCAUUAAUAGUACCAAUACCUAAUUUUAGAUUACUUCUUUCAUGUCCAGCCCUUUGGGAUAUGUCCUCAUAUUUCUGAACAUUUGCCUUUGCUGUUGAUUUGUAUUGAAGGAACCAUUAUGUUGUUGUGGAAUGGGGAUGGGGCUAUACUUUCUCCACAAUAUAGACUAUGACAAAGUUCUCUCACCCUCCCAUUAAGCUUCUGGUAUCCUGCGGGUGGCGUUGUGGGUUAAACCACAGAGCCUAGGGCUUGCCAAUCAGAAGGUCGGCAGUUCGAAUCCCCGCGAUGAGGUGAGCUCCUGUUGCUCAGUCCCUGCUCCUGCCAACCUAGCAGUUCGAAAGCACGUCAAAGUAGUAGAUAAAUAGGUACCGCUCUGGUGGAAAGGUAAACAGCAUUUCCAUGCACUGCUCUGGUUCGCCAGAAGCGGCUUAGUCAUGCUGGCCACAUGACCCGGAAGCUGUACGCCGGCUCCCUCGGCCAAUAAAGUGAGAUGAGCGCCACAACCCCAGAGUCGUCCACAACUGGACCUAAUGGUCAGGGGUCCCUUUACCUUUUAUCCUGCAAAUACUGCUUCCCUGUGUAUUUUGAGGAAAUGGGAAAAGUCACAGCACAUUCAUGCCUUUACCCAAGCCUAAGACAGUAUGCUAUAUAGGGCUAUCUUGAAUUGGUUAUCCAUACACCAAUUAGGCAUGGGCUCUGAGAGAGGUUUAACAAGAGGAUCCAAAUGGUUCAGCAAAAUUAAUGAAUGUUAGAAUGAUGUUGGAAUGAAGCUAGGUGGUUUAAGCAGUAAUGCUAUAAAGGUGUAUGUAAAAAAGGAUUGAUAACAGAUGAAAAUUUAAAGUUAUAGUAUAUUAAGUUAAAGGAUCAUGAGAAAACAAAGAGGGAAAGAAAUUGCUGACUUAACUAAUUGAACUGGAAUACAAAAAAGGGAGGUAUGAGGAGGUCAGGGAAACAAGGAUAUGAAUGUAAGCUAUGGAAAGAUUGAUCCAUUUUUCUUUUUUUCUUUUUAAGUGUCUUUUAUUCUUUUAUUUUGUAUUUUGUAUUUUUCUUGUAUUUUUACCUUUUGUUUUUGUGUAAUUCUUUUUUUCUCUGAAAUUUUAAUAAAUAUCAUUUAAAAAAAACAACAAAUGGUUCUGCAUACAGUAAAAAAUUUAUUGCCUGCCUUGGACUAGGGUAGUUUAAACAACAUGGAACCCAGUACCAAUUUUCAUUAGUCUAUAGUAGUGGUUCCCAAACCUUUUCCCUCUGAGACCACUUGAACAUUGCUGAGGGCCUUGGCAGAUCACUUAAUGAUUCUCCUGCCUCUUAGAGCAAUUGUAAUGAUUAUGCUGUGCUAGAUGGUGUAUGUUUUUAAUUGUAUUUUUAGACACACUGGGCCACUUGAAUGAAACUUGUCGACCACUUGUAGUUUGGGAACCCAAAGAUUCUAAAAGUUCUAGUGACCUACUGCUCUGUUAAGAGGUUGCUGCAACUGUUAAAUACAGAAUGUGCAAUCUUUCAUCAGUUUGCUAACUUUUGUACCAGGCUACCACUUCAUCCAACUUACUUCCAAUGACAGUAUCCUAAAUUUAAUUAAAUGCUUGAAAAUGAGUUCCUUUGAAAAUAUGGGAAUUUCUUCCAAACACAUUCAAAUGCAUUGAUAAGAUUUAGAUGAAUGCAAAGAUUAUCUUUAGUAUCUCUAAAAUAGUACAUUUCAUCUACUCACCUGAUUGAAACAACCACAUUUUUUUCCUGCUCUCACAGAAGCACUCCAAUACCAUCUUUGCUGUGUGAGAAGCAGCUGGGGAGAGGAGCUGCAAGAUAUUCAGGAAGGGUUGAACCCCUUGAUCAGUGUGUCCUCUCCCAAUAUAUGUGAUGAGGCUACUCCAAGAUUAAACCCACACAACUGCUGCAGUGUCUAAUAUUGCCCUAAGAUGCUGUUAGUGGUAGACUUCGCAUAAUCACUAAUCAGUUUGACAGUGGCACUUGAAAUUAUUCAGACCAGUUAGAAAAUGCCUUCAACCCAAUUAGCUUAGCAGGUAAGCCCUGCUCCUUACCACUGUUGGCUAUGAAGUUCCUUUCAAGUAGAGUGAAGCUGUAAUUGCUGGACUACACUAUGGGGCUUAUUUUUCAUUUUGUGCAGUAUUAUGCAAGGUAUUUAAAGUCUAGACUUGAUGUUAAUGUGCACAGACUAGGUAUCUUAGUUAUCCCUCAGGUUACUAUAGAAGAAAUGAAGAGGGACGACUUUUGUGCUAUACAGUAGUGCUGAAACUGCUUGGGCAUGCAUCAUGAAAGCCUUAAGAAUAAUAUAUAUAGAAAAGCCUUUGGGUACUUUCAUGGCUCCAGCCUGCAUUAAAUUUCUUCUUGUUUCCUCUUAACUAGCUGUUUUUCCACAUUUCAUAUUGUUUAAUAGUGUUCUUGCACAAACCUGCUACACGUGUUUGAAGAGCAAGUUGCGAUACAACACAAAUAGUAUUAUGGGUGGUAUCCAACCAAGUUCUGUUCAGAGCACACCCACUGAAAUUAAUGGACCUAAGUUAGUCAAGGGCAUUCAUUUCUAUGCGUCUACUCAAACACUGGAUACAGCCCCUAAUGCCCUUUUUCUUGUUGUCUGAUAUGAGGAAGCACAGCUGAGAGAUCCACUAAGAACUUUUUCCUAGAAAUGGUAUUUUUAGGCACUGCUGUUCCAGCUUCCAGUUACAGUCUUGCCCAGACCUCCAAGCUACUCUAUCUUAUUCUUAAACUGUUCUCAUCCCCUGAACUGCUCUUUUUUGUUUCUCCUGGCUGUAAUUAAGCCUUUAGUCCUUGAGUUCCCCUUCAUCCUAUUGCUUGCCAUAUGUACAUCUUGCAGGAGUCUUCAACAAUGUUUUUCCAAAAUGAGGGGCAAAUAGUUGGGGUACUCUUUCCCAGUUGGUGCCUUCCAAAUGCAUUGGAUUACAAUUUCCAACAGGCCUAACCAGCAUGGCUAAUGAUCAGGAACAAUAGGAGAUGUAGUCCAAAACAUAUGGAGGGUACCAGACUGGGGAAGGAAGGCAGGUCUAGGGAAUCUACCUAAUGUUCAUAAACUGUUCUUUAGAAGUAGACCUUUGACAAAACAUAGCUGAAAAGCGACUAGCUAACUUUUUACCUUUCACCUAUGUCUUCAGCAGUCCCAGUUACAAGCAUUUCUUUAUUGGAGGCUCCCAAGCUGUUUAUGGCCUUUAGGUUAUCUUAAAAACAAGCUUGCAACUGCAGUAUAGCCUACUUGUUUGUGUCCAGGGGCGUGCAGUAAAGAAGGGAGGCUGAGCCAGGAAUGGUCACUGGAAUGUCUGCGUUUGUGCACAACAUUUCUCCUUUGUGUUGGACCAACACUUGCUUUUGGAUAAGGGAACAUCCCAGGAAAGUAGUGCUGGCAGAUGGCAAAGGGCUGUGCCAAAGGGAUAGGUAACAUUUCUGAGUAGGUGAUCACAAGGCUUUUAAAAAGUUGUAUAUGAUUAUAAUUCUGUAUUGAAAUUUUGGAGAGCUUUAGUUGCUUAAGAUACUCUGAUGACACUGAAUGUUCAGAGCUGCUGCUGCUAUCUAGAACUAGUGAUUAAAAAUAGUUAUAGUCCCAAGAGCCUGAGGCUGGCUUUCCUAUGAAACUAGCUGUCACUUUAGCCAAGUUGCCAGACCUUAUAAAACUCAUAAUGGAGCAGGAAAUGAGGGAUUAUCAUUACAACAUGAAAAGGCAAUGGUGUAACCAUAGAUUCCUGAUCAUGGACAAUUAUUAGCUUGUUUCCUUUGUGGUCACGAGUAGUUCAGGAUCAGUGGCAUUUAAAAAAAAAAAAGGUUGUUGAGGGCGCGGCAGAUCCUUGUUCCAAUCUGAGCCAGACAGUACUAAUGUUGGAUCUGUUUUGGUCCUAUCCUGGCCCUCAGAUAGAAAUGAAUUCAAUUCAUGAAGAAAAUCACUUGUGGGGAAUGCCAACAGCCUCCUCCUUCCUGCUCUUGAUCCGUUAGAAACCACUUGCCCUACUUUUCUGUCUGCUCCUGGGAUAGUGGUAGUCUGCAUUCAGAGAGAAGGAGCUACUGCUGCUUGUGUCAGGUAUCAGGCUUUUGCACUUAAAUGUGGACCAGAAAGAUAAUACAGAAGAAAUGUCCGUGAAGAGAAAGUGCUUUAGAAGAAAGAAGCUUAGCAUUGAUGCAAAUUGCAGAGUCCGUGAAAAAAUGAGAAGGCAUGAUCAUAGAUGGGAGGGGUGUUGACUCUGACAUAUGUCUUGCAUGAACUUGAAUGGGAUGGUAAAACCAGCAGAAGAGGCAGCCUUGCUUUCAAAUCUAAGUAAAUGGGAAUAGUGUUUCUACCUGUGGCACAGCAGGGAAGCGUUUAGUUAUUGGCUCUGAUCUGCUGCUGUGGAGGUAUUGUUGGCAGUACUUUGGGCUCCUAUGCUGAGCACUCAAAGCCUGCGGGGAUAGGAACUUUUGCUUCAAUAUUGUCCUCUUGUGCAAUGUCCCAGGCCUGUCUCUUAAGAUCCUGUUGCCCAGGGAGACAUGGUGAACUCUAAACCAAACCCUUUGAGCAGCAGGGCUGGGCUGGAGUCUCUGAAGCCACUGCUGUCAUCUUAAAGUGGGAUUACUCUACUGAGUGGUCACGAAGAAUGUGUUCUCCCUCUGGAAUGUUUUCCUUGUGGGCAUGCUGUCUCUUUCCUAUGCUGAGAAGGCAUGUACUGCACACAUGGUAAUAGGAAACAACAGUUUCAGAAAGCAUACUAUGCUACAUUUAGCUUGGAAUAAGAUAUAUUCCAAACUUUUUAAGCUUUGGGUUGCUGCCAGUUGGGCUUAAGUGUGCUGCAGAUGGAGUUUGAAACUAAUAACCACCUCUACACCCCUCCCCAUAACACAAUAUGCUAUUUCCAUGCACAAGUUCCCAUACUCUGUAAGCUGAACUAAUUAAUAUCAGCUUCACUCUUGAGUGCAACAUGUCCUAGGACUUAACUCUGCAGUUGGUUUGUAAUGGCAGGCGUGGCCUGUCACUACUGUGGAGUUUCCAUACCACUUUUCCACCCCUGCCAUUGCACUUCUGUAUUUCAGCAAUGAUGAUUGUGUGGGGAAAGGGUGGUAAGACAAAACAUGAUUAAGGGCAAAACAUGAUUCUUAAGAAAUACAGUUGUGCAAAUAGCUUUCCUAGCUUUGAAUGCAAAGUAUUUUGCCUUGGCAGUAGUACCCCGCCCCCCAAUAUCCUAAUCUGUUUGCAGGGGUACUUCUGUUUUUGUUGUAACCACAAGCCCAUCUAAGUUUGCAUAGGCUCUCUAGUUAACCAGUCGCAAGCCUUCUGAGAAGAAAAGCCCAAUCAUGGGUUUCCCUUGCCUCCUGUUAUAAGAAUGUUUCCCUUUGAUACCAUACAGAGGCUAGUAAUGACUUGUUGGUCUGCAGCUGGCAUUCCUCAAGUCCUGUAGAGGUGAGUCGGGAAGAGUGGAAGAGGGAAAUGGUUAAAUGAUACAAUUAUUUAAUCUAAGAAUUGGAAAGCAGCAAAAGCCAAACAAUUCAUCAUGAAGGGAAAGAUGACUUCUAAAUUUAAAGUGAUGUGGAACUUUUAAGAAGAGUCAGUUAAUUUUGUGUUAACAGUUGCAACCAAUAGGGCCAGAAUAUGGGGAUAAUCUUAACAUGUGAACCAUAUGGCUUGAGUUGCAUCUUCUGUUUGUACGUAAAAUGGCAGAAUUGCUCUUCCUUUCCAAUAUAGGUAAUUUGUUGACCCUCCCUUGCAACCACACUGAUACCAAGAGGUUUAUGCCAGUUAAAUUUUCACACGUAUUUCAUGUUGUGGCAUAUACAAUUUAUAUUUCCUUAGUUCAGAACUUGCUUGACACCAAGUGAAUAGUGCAGUUCAUAUUUUUGAGUGGUGGCAGCCCUAUACCCUGGGAUAAUAAACUAAACUUAAAAAUGAGUGCUCUGAAGUAGUGCAUCCAAGUACCAUGCAGCUGCAAAAAAAAGUAGACUACUUGAAUGUCAAGAAAGAGCUCAGAUUCCUGGAGAGAGAGACUUUAACAGUUGCUUAAGGCUGCAAUCCUAUGCUUACUUACCUGGGUAUUAGUUCCACUCAACUCACUGGACCUUGCUUCUGAGUAAACCUGUAUAGGAUUGCACAGCAUAUCAAAUAUUAUUGUGACACACCAUAUUUAGUUUGUGUGAAAGCCUUGACAGUUAUUUUUCCCGACUGUCACAGAAAGGUGCCUCAUUGCACUUAACAUUGCUUUUAUAAAAAAGUGUGUGUGUAUGUGAGUGUUGUGAAAUACUUAUCAUUGAAACAAAGGCUGUGCCUAUAUGAGGAGCGACUUGAACUUGUGAACUAUAGAGCCCUCUGGCUUCUCACUUGUGUUAUAAUGUGGCUCUCCCAACUCAGCAUUCAAUUUUGAUCUUGCAACUAAUUUUCAGUUGCUCUGACUCCUCUUUUACUGUGCAACAUCAGCAACAGGAUAUUGCUAAUCAGAGUGCCUCUCAUUUCAUAAUUUCAAAAGUCAAGGAGUAUACUGCUGUACUUGUCACCUCAAUUAAUCACUGAGUACUUUCAACAGAUUUCUCUGCUUCAAUUGCUCUGUGUUACAGAACGCACAAGUAUGGGGAAUACAGUAAUGCCCCCACGUACAAUUAAAUUGGAGAAAAUUGGGCAUAAAGACUUCAGAUGACAACUAUGCAUGUCCAAAGGAAAUGUGAGACAUGAAUGUGCUUUUGCCAUGUUUGACAAAUGAAGCUCAAACAUCUUUAUAAGCUGUAGAAAUUUCUACAUGCCUCUGUCUUUAAGUACUAUAGUUUGUGUGCUUCAAAUUUUGAGAGUAAUUGAAUGUGUUGCUCCUGAGAAUCAGAGGCUCAGUUUCUUCACAGAUUCAGGAGAAUACCCAGUGAAUCGGGCUUUGUCCUGUAAGCAAUAGGUUUCAGAUCAUGAUCACAUAGUGCACUUUCACCACCUCACCCCUUGCUUAACCUACACACUGCACAUACCAGUUAGGUAGCAUUUGCUGUGUAAUUAUAUCUUACUGCUUCCCCCUCCCCCUUACACUUGAGCAAACCAUGCUCAAACUGCUUGAGCAAUAGAAGCUUGGUUCCAUCAGAACAAAGUGCAGUAUAACUCUGGGAACAACAUUCCCCCAGAAAUUUCAUUACAGACUUCAUUUGGGCUAUUCUGUUGCAAGGCUUUGCAUUUGAUUUAGGUGGGAAAGAACUAACUGCUUAGGUCCUGUUAGGGCUCAAUAGUUAAAUACUCCAAACUGGGAAAAUCUUUCCCUGAAGAUGAGGCUUUAACUACAACUGAAAAGGUUAUUGUCUUCUCACUCUCCAGCAACUUUGCCUGGGGCAUGUUGUGCAGUUACCUAUUUGCAAGAGCGUGCAAUGCUUAAAUCAGGAAAAACUGUGUGGUUUAAUAUUCAUUGGAUACAUUCAAGUAGCAUGGUCAUUUAGAGACAAAAUUUUCUGUUUGUUAAACAGUCUUUCUGCUUAUACUCUUUUAUAUUAAUGUGCUGACCUUGAUGAGCAAUGGCAGAGUCCCAAAAGCAAUUCUGUGGCCACUGAUAAAGUAAACAGCAGGCCAAGAGGGUAAUACAAAUAGUACUGGAGAAAUAAACUGCAAGCAGUGUGUCCUGUUUUUCCAGAUGCUUCUGAAGCCUAAAGGAAGCUUCACUUUUUUCAGGGGGCAGGUUCUCACAAACAUUUAAUACUAGAAAUCCUGCAGAAAGGGUUCAGCAAAUGGAAUGUCUAGAUUCCUGAAAGGUAGACUGUAUCUCACCCUCUCCUUCCCAGUCUUGUGGUGCAGAUGGUGUAUUCAGUUGUCAGCCUUCAUCUGAAAAAGUCUAGAUUCCUGAAAGGUAGACUGUAUCUCACCCUCUCCUUCCCAGUCUUGUGGUGCAGAUGGUGUAUUCAGUUGUCAGCCUUCAUCUGAAACACCUGGAUCCUGUAGAAAGCUCAGGAGUUGAGAAAGGAUCUCUUGUGCAUGUUCAGCAAAUAGCUUCUUAAGAUGUUCCUUAAAAGAGAGGUGCAGGUUCCAUAGUGUGUGGGGUGCAUGGUAUAACUAUGGGAAGGUGGGUGGGGCGCUGGUGAACUAGGAAAUCCCUGGUUCGAAUGUCAGUGUUUGGUUACGUGCCCAGUAGGUGGCACAGUGCAGCUCAGAUUCUGCAGAAUACUAAUUGUGUGUUGCAACUCCAUGUUAUGGCUGGGUGAGACGUUUGCCAAAUCCUUACUGUUACCACACUCUUCUUGCGCAAGCUGCUUUUACCCUUUGCAGCAAAGGGGAACAUAUUGGGGGAGGUGAUUUAGUAAGAAGAGUUCACUUUACACCUUCUGUUAGAAUUUGGUAGUCAUGCAUGAGUCUGCUGUUGUCAUGACCAGUUUGGCUCUUAUACAGUUCUGUGUUCUCUCUUGAUUUCCCAUUUAAAUAGGAGAACAACAACCUACCCUAACAAGGUGACUGUAAGGAUUACUGGGAAUAUAUGAGACUCCUUGGAGCAGGGAUGCGCAACCUGUGGCCUUCCAGAUGUUGUUGGGCUCAAAGUCCCAUCAACCCUAGUCGACAUAGGCCAGUGGUCAAGGCUAUAGUCCAGCAGCAUCUGGGUGGGGUGUGUCAAAGUUUGCCCAUUUCUGCCAUAUGCCUCCAUCAAAUAUAUUAUAUACACCCCAGAGGCUGCAUUUGUAUUCCCUCCCAUAGCUGAUUAUGGUGUUAAUUAACUUUUGUAAUGUCUGCAUGCAUGGCUAGACUAAGAUGCAACUCCUCCCACCUUUCCCAUUGUCUCCACUUCACAUCUGUACUGAAAGGACUGUGGCUGAGUUACACUACAAUAUUAUGAGUAAGGGAAGGUGAAGGUGCUUCACUUGAAAUGUGUUUUUGCUCAUGUGAGAAAGAAAUGUUUGCUUUGAGAAUGCUGAAACGCCCUACAGUCUCCCUUAAACCUAUGUGCUUGAGAUGAUCUGAGUUGCUUCUAGAUGUCUUGGUUAUGACUGAAUCAAAGUGUGGAUGGUAACAGGGACCACACACCUGUAACUAGCCCAGCUUUACAAUAGAAUGGUAAAGAGUCAGUGGGCCAGGAGCACAGGAAAGUGUCUCUCCCAAACUACUGCUGUUGCAUGUGCGCCAGCAAAUCUCAUUAUGGUCUCUUCCAACAUCAAAGGGGUGGCUACCUGCCCAGUACUCUUGCUGUUUAGCGUUCUACCAUGACUGCAGAUGUUGAUGCUAUAUCUGUAAUUAGUAGAUCAGUUCUAGGAACAAGCUGGAUUCUGCACAGUGGACCCAGACUUCUUUCUUAGUUGAGUUUUACUGUUCAGUUUAACAUUUAUGUUGGCUUCCACUAACUUGUAUCAUCUUAUUGUACAGCAGGAGGUAUCCAGUAAGAUAAUGCUUGCUUAGAGUAGGGGAUUCACCAGCUGCUCCAUUGGAGAGCCUGUGCACUUUAAACAUCUUAAGAAACUUUGCUUCCAUUCAAAAAAAAAAAAGCACUGGGAGUGCACUCCUCAACCCAGUGCCCUCCAACAUGGUCAUGGUCAGGGCUGUUGAGAAUCUUUGUCCAAAACCUCUGGGGGGCAUCAGGUAGGAAAAGCUGCUUUAAAUUGAAAGAAAAGUCCUGAAAAACACAUUAACUACCAAAUACUCAAAUGGUCAAAAUCUGUUCUGCAUUGAUAAAAAUGGAGCAGCAUCACUAGCAAGCAAAAAAAAAAAAAAAGGAGGAAAGGGGAAAAUGUGAUGUGCUACAAAUAAAUGUGUGCCGCGAACUUGAACAGUUAUUUGUAGCUUUGGAAGUUUAUUCCUUCUUCCACCCCCUUUAACUAAAUCCUAUGCCUUGUGUUUGUGUAUAAUAUAUAUUAAAAAAAAAUUCUUGAAAGCAGACAUAAUAUUCAUUGGACACAUUCAAGUACCAUACCCCCAUCAGUCUGAGACCAAAUUUCCUGUUGUUAAGCAUAUUUGGUGCUUAUGGUCUUUUAUAUUAAUUUACUGACCUUGUUGAGCAAUGGCAGAGUCCCAAAAGCAAUUCUGUUCAAGUGGACUUGAAUGGUUGAAAAGUAUUUCCUGUGAUAAACAUUCAACAGUUGGUUAAAAUGUGGUACCUUUUCACAGCUCAUAAUGCUGAUAAAGUGAUGUGCAGAUCAUGUUAAUGAUACCGAUAAGGUGCAGUCUUUGAUCUCUCAGCAUUUUUCCAGCAUACAUUCAGUGUUUAAUAAGUUACCUUUUCUGGAAGUAGACAAUACUGACCUGUGCUAGAGCUGACUUGAACCAAGUAUGGAACACUAAAUUAGGUAACAUAGUUGUUUUUAAUAAUGCAUUUUUAAAAAAUAUAUUUAACAGGUGACAACCAAUAACAAAAUGGACAUAAAGAAAGAAAGAAAAUCAAGUACAUAAUCCAAGUUAUUCCAAGGAGAGAACUCAUAGUUGUGACAGCAUAAAGGGGCAAUAGGUUCAGUUAGGGUGUAUGAUGACUAGUGUGUGUCACUUGGUGUACUGCUGAUAAUUGUUGUCAGGAUGUGGUGUGAGCUUUUUCACAUCCUACAACUGGCCUGCUGCCAUUUCCUGUUAAAGCUUACAGUCUCUACUAGCUCAUCAUAUGUGUGACUUAAGGAAGGUCUAACAUUUUUCCUUUUCUUAGUCCCUUGCUGUUCAUCUUAUACACAUUGUCCCACCCUUACUCUGUUGUUUACACUCUUCUUUUCACAUUUAGCAAUGACAGACAUUAAUAGUUCCUUUUUUGGUUUUCAAAUGUCCUACAGCCAAGGAACAUAUAGAUUUGCUUUUUACAGAAGCCCUGUGAACUAAAGCGGAUUCUGAAAACACUCCAAGGUUCCUACUCUCCUUAUGCUGGCUAGGUCUUUUCAGUCUUGCCACCUUCUGUGUGAAUUUGGUGUGUGCUCAGGAGCAUGUUUAAUAUUCCCCCAUGGCUGUACAUGAUGUGGCUCCCUGAGAAACCCCUAAUAAGAUUAUGGUUGCUAUUGGAUCAGUUACCUGGAUCAGAGCUCAUAAACUAUUCUAGUAGAACCUGAGCCCAUUUUCUGUGCACUCUUAAGGCUUUUCACAUACCUGACUGCACACACAGUUUGGCACACACCUGUUUGUGAAAUGUAUGGAUAUGUUGGUAUGAUUCCACUGCUGUAAGAAUGCCCCCCCCCCAAUUCUUCAUAAUUUGUACUAUGAAUUGGAAAUGUUUGCCAAUUACUUCUCAGAAAAAGUGAACUCAAGAGUAAUUGGUCAUCUUUGUGAAUAAUAUUACAACAGGGGCCCCUACUCUGCUAAGAUGGGGAGAAAUAGAUUUAUGUGCUGCUGGGGUAGGCAAGGUGGAAAAACUGUGGCCUGCUAGAUGUUGUUAGACUGCAACUCCCAUUGCCCCCGCUCAUUGGCACAGCUGCCAGGGGCUUAUGGGAUUUGAAUUUCAAUGCUAGGUCCUUGCUGCUGAAGAUACCUAGUGACUUAGACUGUGCACAGGACAUGGAAGUAAAAUUUCCAGAAUGUCAUGCAUCUCAAAGGCUGUCAACCAAAAUAACUCUUUUUCUCUGAAGGCAUGAGGAAUGACAAAACCAUGCCAGAUGUAUUCUAAGCAGAAAUGGCCUAAAGAAAUAGAAGAAUAUUUUAAGCUGACUAUACAGCUCUUCAGUUAGUUUUCAGGAAAUGAUGAAACUGAAAGUAACCAAAUUCAGCUGGAAGCGCUCAUUCUCCUGGUGUGUCUUGCUCAAUUAUGGCCAAAAAAGGCAAGUAGUUAGAUUCUUGGAAGUUGCAAUUGCAGGAAGCUGUGUAGCAGAAGUUUAGACUACAGCUGUUGCCUUGCCAGCCUUGAUACAAUUCUGAAUACAGUACAAUGAAUUAUUCCCCACCUUUUCCUUUGGCUCCUGAGUGACAAAUUUAUGGACCUAAACCACCAGUGUUUUCUCCUAUUUUAGCAAAGGCCUGUGGCAUAUUUUUGGCUCUAACACUAUGAUUAGGCAUCAUGAAGCAUGGUGUAUUAGUGGAAAUACAUGGCUGUAGGAUAGUUCUUGUUUGUUUGAAGAGCUUUUAUUGGGUUUUACAUAAUGUGACUUUUUGCUUUUUGAUGCCUCCAGCAAAUUCUGCCAGUAUGAGCUUCACAUUGGUUUCUUGCAUUAAAUAUAGCCCCAGCACAUUAUCCCUCUUUGCUUACUUCUAAUUUGCAUCUGGUUGGUCACUGUGAGAGGAUGUUGGACUAGAUGGGCGAUUGGCCUGAUCCAGCAGACUCGUCUUAUGUUUUCAAUUUCUAUCAAAAUCCAGAGUGCCUUGUUUGCAUGGUUAAUCAUAAGUAAAUGCAUAUUUAGGUGAAUGCAAGCUGUCUAAACACUUGCUUUUGAGACUAAGGUGACAUAAAAAUGAUGGCUUUCUUUUCUUUCUUUCUUUCUUUCUUUCUUUCUUAGAAAGGCUUAAUGGAAACGUAUAUCCACAGUACGUCCUUGAACAAGUCUUGCUGCAGUUUACCAACUAUUUUGUAACUUGGUUGACUCUGGAGGGAGCCCACUUUGUAUUCUAAAUGUCUUCAUGGGCAGCUUUGGCUAGCAGCAUGCAGCAGUAUUGACACUGUGGUGUGCAAAGGCUGGCUGAAAAGUUUGGUUCUUGACGGCUGUAUGCAUGCACACACAAUGCAGAGAGACAGGAAGUUUGUAAGGUUUUGAAAUACCUAAUACAAUGGACCACUUGUGUUGCAUAGUGAGCCACAUAAAUUGGCAAGUAUAAAAUUACUUUGCCUUUCAACUCCUAAAGUAGUUCUGAGGUUUUUUUCUCCUUGUGGAAAAAUAGAAGUGGCUACCUGGCAGCUACUUUUUUCUAGUCUCACAGGCCUGCUCUAGUCAGGGUGAGUCUCCUGCCAGCCUGGAGGUUUUACUUUUACUUUCAGGCUAUUAACAGAUGCCACAAGGGAUUGAGUGAGGCUGGCGGCCCAAGCUAAUCAUUUGUAGGCAUAAUAGCAAAGAAAGGAAUUCUAAUUUCUAGACAGGAAGAAAAGACUAUCUGCUUUCCUACCUACCCAUGCUAGGGCUGCCAGUCUGUAAAUAGCUGUAGUUUGCUGUAAAUAACUGUAGACCACUGUAGACUUAGUCAGUAUUUCUUCAGAUAUCUUACAUUUGUUCCAAAUGUUUAUAAGAAAUCGGGUUGUGUCAUAUCUACUGAAAAGUUAUUAACCUUACUAAGUUUUUCAUCUCCAUAUUUCCUAUGAUUUGGCACAACUUUAAUAUCAUUUUACAGUUUCAUUGGGGUAGAACAUGUAUAUUCUCCUCAGGUGUGACCCAUCCAUUUUAAAUAGCUGUUUUUAACUGAGGGGAAAACCACUUUGACUAUGGGAAGCUGCCCCGCCCAGUCUAGUUAAGGCCUAGGGGGAGGAGGCUAAUUGUAGCACUACCACAUUGUGUUGAUAUGUAGUUGACAGCUUCUUGUGUGUGCCUUCAAGCUUGCUUGCUUGAGUAAUUGGAUGCUUUUAUGCAUCCGGUCACUGCCUAUUUGUGACCCACAGGGGCUAAUGAAUCUGUGGGGAAGCAAUAGGUGAAUAGUUUAUCUAGGCAUGCAACUUGGGGUCAAUGGCCUUGUCUACUCAGAACUCCUUUACAAGGACCUAAAAUAUCUAUACAAUCAUCUCUAGUGUUCUUGCCUCUAUAGAGUGUUUAAGCUGACAAAAUGAGCCUACUUCUAAUGAUUGCAUGGCAUUUAAGCAGUAACAUGGUCAAAUAUUUGAAAUCGGUGUUGGUGAGGGAACUGGUGCCUAUUUCAGGUGACUCAAAGGUUGUAGUGUCAAAAUGUUGGCAAGGUAAUAACAUUGCAACUUCUUCUUUUCAUAGGUCCCUGGUUAUAAACCACCAUGGCUCAGAGAGAUGCUGACAAAUACCUCUAUGUGGAUAGAAACUUCAUCAACAACCCUCUUGCUCAGGCUGAUUGGGCUGCCAAGAAGCUGGUGUGGGUCCCAUCAGAGAAAAAUGGUUUUGAGCCUGCUAGCUUGAAGGAAGAAGUAGGAGAUGAAGCCAUUGUGGAGCUUGCAGAGAAUGGGAAGAAAGUGAGAGUCAACAAAGAUGAUAUCCAAAAGAUGAACCCACCCAAGUUCUCGAAAGUGGAAGAUAUGGCUGAACUGACCUGCCUGAAUGAGGCCUCAGUGUUGCACAAUCUGAAGGAGCGAUACUACUCAGGGCUUAUCUACGUGAGUAAUGACUUUUUCUGCUAGUUAUAGGAUCUAACUAAAUCUUACAUGUCCCCAGUCUUAUACAAUUUUCCCUUGUCUACAUUCUCAUUAAACUAAACAGUACUUUCCCUAGUAGAGUUUUUGUAGAACAUUGUGAUGGAGUGGCUAGACUCUUGUGUGUUUGUGUUGGAAGAUAUAUUAGAAAUCAUGUACAGUGUUUGAUCCAAGCUGAACACACUCUUCAUGUAGACACCUGGCUUGCUGCUUCUGUAUCUGGAACCUCAGUAUAAAAGAGCAGUAAAACUAAGACUGCAAAAUAACAAAGCUCAGCUGCACAUAAGGCAGUUGGGAUAUAAAAAAGUACUGUUGUCUACUUUCAACCAAUCAGAAUGCUGAAAACUAAGAACCUCCGAAUUGCCUAGUUGUUGCACUUCAAGCCUCCAACAUGUGGUUCUGUGAACAGGUGAUUCUCGGGCAGGGGAGGAGUGGAGCUUGCAGACAAAGAUAAACUCCUCCUGGAAGCAGAGACAAAAAGCACUUGUAUUUAAAAACAACAACAAGCAAACCCAAAACAAUUAGUGGCUAGCAAGAAGGAAAGGUAGCCUACUACCAAUUUCCAGUUUGUCACACAGCAAAACCAGCGAGUGGCUGGGCACUAUACCUUGAACAGUGUUUGGUAUCCUGGAUAGUGGAUAGAAAAAGAAUGAAAGAAACAUUAUUGAGUACAGGUAAGAGAGAUGCCAUGGAUAGUCUUCUCUAUGCUGGCUGGGUUACCAUGUAAACAGGAAAUGCCUAAGGGCCCCUGAAGAGGAGCCCUUUCCACACACCCCCCCCAAAAUAGCCUCAGUUCUGUACUGAGGCUGUACACCCUACUCUCCACUAACCAGAAAAAUGCUUCACAGUAAGGCCAAAUUUCUGUUCUUGGCCAGUAGAGGAAUGGAUUAUACAGGCAAGGGAUGCACUGAAGCAGUGAGCUCUCCAUCCUUGGGCGCGUUCCAAAUCUACGACACCAUACAAUUUUUUUCCUUUUGAAGGCAAUGCCUGAUGCUCUACCAGAAGGACGCUUCACAGUAAGGCCCAACUCAGUUCAGAAUAUACUGAGCAGGUAGCUUUAAUUCAACUCUCGUCAAAAGUGGCAGCAAUGCUCUCAUGAGCUUGAUGCCAUGGAAACAAUAAUAUUCAAUUGUUCAUACGUGACUUAGCAUGGACUCUGUUCACUGGUAAGAUGCUGACACUGUUUACUUGUUGGCAUUAUUGCUCCAUCUGCUGCACUGAAUAGAGACUGUAGAGAUAACUCCUCAGCUGGAAAAGGGGGGCCUGCAGCAGUUGUGGCAGAGAAUGCAUACAAUGUGCUGAUACCUAGGGACAUAUGAAGUUAACUUCUGCUGUGCCAGACCCUUCGUAUAUUUAGCUCAGUACUGUUUACACUUACUGACAGCAACUUCCUAGGGUUUCAGGCAGAGGUCUCUCCCAGCCCUACCUGGAGAUUGACCUUCUGCAUGCAGAGUGAUUGUUCUACCACUAAGCUCCCCCCCCUAAAGUAGUAAAGUGUUAGGGCAUAUAAGGGUGGGCUGCUGUGCAGCUCAUAAUGGGUAGAGAGGUAGCAACUGUGUGUAUGGUUUUUAGGCACUUGCUCUUCUGAAGAUCUUGUGCUUAUUUUUGGGAGACAACUGCAGUCAUUUGUCACCUAGGUAAAGGUAAAGGGACCCCUGACCAUUAGGUCCAGUCGCGGGCGACUCUGGGGUUGUGGCGCUCAUCUUGCUCUAUAGGCCGAGGGAGCCGGCGUUUGUCCGCAGACAGCUUCCGGGUCAUGUGGCCAGCAUGACUUAGCCGCUUCUGUUGAACCAGAGCAGCACACGGAAACGCCGUUUACCGUCCCGCCGGAGCAGUACCUAUUUAUCUACCUGCACUUUGACGUACUUUCGAACUGCUAGGUUGGCAGGAGCUGGGACUGAACAACAGGAGCUCACUCCGUCGCGGGGAUUUGAACCGCCAACCUUCUGAUCGGCAAGCCCUAGUCUCAGAAAAAAACUCUGGCCUUAUUGGCAUAUAGGAGAUUGAGAGGAGGGUUGCAGUUGUCUUGGUGGAUCUAAUUUUGGGGUACUAAUCAGUUUGACAGAGAGCUAUGGUUCACAACUGGCCAAGCAUACAGGAGGAGAGAAAUUGGUGUUUGUCCUGAGUUCUGUAUUCAGGGCACUGAUUGGAUCAAAGCAUAUGCCACUGCUGCUUUAUACAUAAGCUGCAGCUGAGCCUGACUCUGUAAAAGGGAUAUUUUGCCAGACUUCACUGAUUUCCAUUUGUUCCCUUCAAAGUGUUUCAUUCUAACAUCCAUUUAGCUGUUUGUUGCUGUCUUGUCACAUGGACCAGCCCUUCUGUGCUCCCCAUACAUGGACUCUUGUAAGACUUUGCACAGUGAAGUCUUUGUCACAUGUGGCAGUCUGCCUACACAGUUUCUCCCCUUUGGAAUGGGGAAUGGCACAUAUCUGUCUUUCUUUGCUUUACAGCACAUAAAAAAAUGAAGGUUGUCAGUGUGUACAUGUAGUAAAAUAGACAUGUGCAGUUUUUCACAUUGAUGGCUAGUACAGAUCUUUUGUACCAUGACUUUAAGCUAGUGUACAAUUAAGGAUGUUUAUAUAUAGGCUAUUUUUUUUCUCUGAGGCUAUACUUGCCAGUAGAGACGCGGGUGGCGCUAUGGGUUAAACCACAGAGCCUAGGACUUGCCGAUCAGAAGGUCGGUGGUUCGAAUCCCUGUGACGGGGUGAGCUCCCGUUGCUUGGUCCCUGCUCCUGCCCACCUAGCAGUUUGAAAGCACGUCAAAAUGCAAGUAGAUAAAUAGGUACCGCUCCGGCAGGAAGGUAAACAGCAUUUCCGUGCGCUGCUCUGGUUUGCCAGAAGCGGCUUAGUCAUGCUGGCCACAUGACCCAGAAGCUGUACACUGGCUCCCUCGGCCAAUAAAGCGAGAUGAGCACCGCAACCCCAGAGUCGUCCGUGACUGGACCUAGUGGUCAGGGGUCCCUUUACCUAUACUUGCCAGUAUCUCUAUCACAGUUCUGACCCACUCAACAUGUGAGUAUUUUCUUUCCUUUGAUAGUUUUGUGUGUUUGGAAAAUAAGCAUCAUGUGUGAGCAAGUAUGGAGCAAGUAUUAGUGGCAAAAUAUCUGCUUUGCAUGCAGAAGGUCCCAGGUUCAAUCCCCAGGUAGAGCUGAGAGAGAAUCCUGGCAGCAGUGCUGAAGAAUACUGCCAGUGGCUGUAGAAAAUGCUGAGUUAGAAGGACCAAUGGCCUCACUUGGUAUAAGGCAUCUUCCUAGGUUCCUAUGUGGUAACUAAUUGUCUCUUAAUCUACAAGUUUUGUAUGCAGUUUUUUAGUUCAACAGUGACUCAGUCAGUGCUCUAAUUUUCAAUUCAUUUGGGCCUGUGCUAAUCUUUACUGGGUGAUGAUUAAGGAAAGGAAAUCUAACCCUUGAGAUUUAAGAUGUAUUUUAUACCUUGAGUUGCCAUGGCUACUGGCCCUGACAAGUAUAUUUCCACAGAGUAGUUCCCCAGAUACAAUAUUCCUGAUAAUGACAUUCACUCAUCAGUGACCUGCUUAAAAUUUAUUUUUAUUUCUGUUACUUGUGAUCUUAUGGACUCCAAGAUCAUUCCAAAUAAAUGAAUGUUCAGAAGUAGUAAUGAGUCCCCCAAUGUCUGACUGGGAGAGAUUCAUACGCCUACAAUGACAUGCAUAUGUGCUGUUUUUAGAAAGACCUGAUCCUGUAAAAUGGAAUGUGUUUACAAGUUUGCCCAAUUUUUAUUUUCUAUUCCUUCCUGUCUCCUGAUAUGAUACACCCUUAACCUUUCUGCCUUAUAAGGAACUUCUCAAAACGCAUCUCUUCCUUUGCCUUUCCUGAGGUUUAGUUAGGCAAUAAUUUUAAAACAUUACAUUAUCACUAAUUAGCUACUAUGGCUAUGUAGUUCAGUUUCAGCGAACCUUUUAAUGUUUAUUUUUUUUUAAGCAGCUACAAUAAAUAACUUUUUACUACUAAUAUAGCUAUUUAUUUGUACAGGUUUAAAGCCUUUUUGCUUCCAUUUAUCAUGAUCGCUCACUAAUAUGGUAUUGGGAUAGUUAACUCUGAUUUACAGAGGACUCUGUGGCAUGUGCAAUUUCCUUGGGUCACAGUGCUUUUUACCCAGUGAUACUUAAUCCAGCUACACUUUAUAUUAUAGACCCUCCCCUGCAAAGGGGGUAUCUGAAUGUUGCUUUGUUCCAACAGCCUUGGUGCAACCUGAAACCUGUUGUCACCAAAGGUUAAUCUCAUGAAGUCUGCAAGUCAGUCUAUUACAGUGUGCAGACUUUGUGGUUUUAGCAGUACUGUACAUAAUCUCUCUACUCGCCACUCCCCCAGCAAGUAUUUUGCUCAACCUUUCUUUAUUUUAGAUGGUUUCUGUACUAAUUCAUAUUUUCAGAAAAACCUCUAAGUGGUUUACAGCAUGUCUCAAGGCGGGGAUUCUCAGACUGGGGGGCAAAUUUGGUUAUCCAGGCUCCUCUGUGUGGGCCUCCAAACUGUUCCCAGGCCACAAGCUUCACUGGCUCUGCUUCACAUCCAGAGUUGUUGCUUGGCAGGUGUCCUUGAACUCUGAUAAUGCCUCUUGCUUGUAUUGAUGGAUAGUAGAGAGGGAUGUGUGUAGAAACUGGCCUAUUGUACAAAGCUAAAAUAAAAGAAUCAUUGCCUUCCCACUUUUGUUUUUGGCUCCACCCACUACUGGGAUGUGGUCCCUGCAAGGUUGCCCAGAAGGCAUUGUGGCCCUUUGGCACUUCAACAGAAAACAUUACAAAUGAAAAUCAAAUACAAGAGGUGCACAAUUAAAACAGCAACAAAACAAAAUACACUCAACAUUAAAAAAAUAGAGCUAACAGUUGCAUUCAAAAAUGCAGUCAGGAUUCCACAAGUAAAAAACAAAUCAAUAGCUAAACAGGUCAUUGAGGUAGGUGCCCCCCUUCCCUCCACAUUAAAGUCCCCAGUGUAUUCUUAACACUUGCCAGUCUGAUGAAAAUUUACAUAUUUAAGCCCCCACCCCUGUAAACUUGGUAUUUUUUUCCUGUGGGCUAAUGCAGCUUUUGGAUCAUUUACAGGAAAUGGAUAGAUAUACUCAGCAAGGAUAAGUGCAACUAAAACACUCUGGUUCAGUGUCCUAUGACAGAGGUGCCUGUUUCAGGACAACAAUUUUAAGAGAAACAGCUUUAAUCUCUUACUGUGGUGCAGCCCUCUGAGAAAGUGACUUAGUUGGAGUCCUUGAGGUGCUUGAACAGAUACAAGGCCCAUUCAAAUCAGUGCUAUGUCUUCCAUGGACUUGUUAAAGAAUUUUGCAUUUGUCACUUGGGAGAAGCUCCCUCUUAUAACUAGUCUUUUUGAAAUCAGAUUUGUUCUACUCCACACUUUUGCUGUUGGAUCUCCAGUUCAGUUAGAUUUCUAGUAUAAAAUUGUUACUCUUCCAGUUGAUUUUUUUCCAAGCUCUCUUGGCUUAAACUGCAAUUAAUGUGUAUUUCCUGAACACCCUUGGGGUGCCAAUUUUUAUUAGAGAGCUUCAUUUUUUAUAGAAACAUUUAAAACAAGAACACAGAACAAAGAGUUGGCAAAUUGCAUAACUCCUCCUAGUUUUGUAAUUGCUUUGUAUUCUCUACUGUUCCCUGUGAUCAAAAGACUAUUUUAUACAAGCCACAGUAUGAUGACCACUAUCAACUGGAGGCUUAUAUUUGUUUCUUGCAGAAGUUUCCUCACUUGUAAAUAUCCAAGUGUCAAUUUUGAGCUGUGCAUGUCAAAGAGCUGCAGCUGGCUGCUGACACUUAGACCAUGCUCAUAGCUUUGUUUCCUAGCUGGGCCAUUUAUACUUGACGAAAUGCAACCGAAAAUGGUGGUUGCAUACAAUUCUGCCUUUCUAACAUUAAGAAGUAUUAAGUGAAGUGGGACAUCUGCUUCCAUAUUUGCUGUCCCACUUGCAUCUGGAAAGGUCAGCAAGGAGGCUGAUCCUCUUGGCUACUUUACUUUGCUUGGACCAUGAGUUUAGUAGAGGGGGCCAGGAAGGAGGCAGUUCUUCAAAUAUACUGUAUUUUUCGCUCUACAAGACGCACCACACCACAAGACGCACCUAGUUUUUGGAGGAGGAAAACGAGAAAAAAAAUAUUCUGAAUCUCAGAAGCCAGAACAGCAAGAGGGAUCGCUGCGCAGUGAAAGCAGCGAUCCCUCUUGCUGUUCUGGCUUCUGGGAUAGCUGUGCAGCCUGCAUUCGCUCCAUAAGACGCACACACAUUUCCCCUUACUUUUUAGGAGGGAAAAAGUGAGUCUUAUAGAGCAAAAAAUACGGUACUUUGCAGCAGAGUAUCCUAACCUGGUGGGUACAGACGUUGAGAGGAACAGGAGCUCAUCUCUGGUGUCUCGCUGCGGUUGGAAGCACUGAGAAGUGUUGCUGCUUCCAGACAUCUUGGAUGCCAUACAAUGUCUGGGAUGAGCUCUCAUCCCUCUGAGGUGGUAGGGGCAGGAUUAGUGUAUUAUAACUGUGGCCAGCCAAAACGUUUUUGCACUUACAACCUUGGGGAAACAAGCACAUGAAGAGGAAUUCAACUCUUCCUACUGGCAGUCUUGGGGAACCUUUUGUAAUGGUGCCACUGCAAACCGGAUAGCAUUGUCCCCUCCCUCCCCCGCAUUUCCUGACAUAUUUCUGCUUUGGAUAUUGAGGGAAAUAGUUGGCAACUUCUCACAAAGCCUUUUAAAUCUGGGUUAACUAAUAAUAAGCAUUCUAUAGAGUUGUGCACAGGUGGUGGUUACUUCUAUAUGUUCUUUCUGCACUGAAUGCUGCCUUGGCCUCUUAGAGUGAAUGAACAUUCAUAUGCAUUAAGUGGAAUAAAAAAGGAAGUCUGUUCUAACUGCAUCAGGAUUUUUAAAAUUCAGUUUUGUAGCUUAUAAGUUAGCAUUUAAAUUUUGGCCAUAUGUGUAACAGUGGCUUGACAUGUAAAUGCAUCAGUGAUAACCAGUGAAUGCUGGAUCUUCAAGUGUUUUUGCAGUUUACUUCUACCCAUACUAGGUGUUUUUCCAGCCUUUUACUUGGAGGAGGUGAAAUGCACCUGCUUUCUCAGGUGCUUUAACGUUUAAAAAAGUUUUAGUUGUAAGGCUUUAGAGAGGCUUGGAAAUGUGUGGGCAAUGCUUAAUUAAAUCCUGAAUGCAAGUAUUGCUUGGACUUUAGUGGUAGCUCUAGGUUCUCAUCUCUGCCACCCCCACAAAUUCUGUGGCUAGCAAAAUUAAGUAUGCACAAGUUUGCACAUAACAUGUAGGCAAUAGAAUGGAUUUAAAAAUCUGGUGCAGGAUAUGUACAACUCUGAGACAGAGCUUUGUUAAUAUAUGUGAGUCUUUUGUUCUGCUCCAUGCUGGCACUGAGCUAGUGUCGAAAGAUACCUAUUGCCUAAGUUUUGCUAAAAUGCCACUCAUUUUUGUGUACUGUAGAGCUUAUAAACAGUGAAUAAUAAUGCAAAGUAAAAUGCAUGUUUCAGUCAUCAAAGAUGAAUAGCCAUAUUCAAAGUAAAUGACAGAUGUGAUUGUUAGUUCAAAAUCUCUGGUAAUGGAAGGCAAUUAUGGCAGCCCAAGUAAAUUUUCAGUAUGCUAUUCUUGUUACCACUCUUGUGAGUUGGGGGGAUGGGAGGCGGGUUAUGUGGAGCCGAUAAAACUGUAAAACCAUGAAUGCUUCUAAAUUCUUCUUAAAUUCCAUUUUGCAGACCUACUCAGGCCUGUUCUGUGUUGUCAUAAAUCCCUACAAGAACCUGCCUAUCUACUCAGAAGAAAUUGUGGAUAUGUACAAAGGCAAAAAGAGACAUGAGAUGCCCCCUCACAUAUAUGCUAUUACAGACACUGCCUACAGGAGUAUGAUGCAAGGUAGGUACAUUUUAAAAUAUAUUCUGGCCAUGGCAGUGGCUAUGCUCAGAUGAGUAGGCUCUUGUAGAGUUGCCACUUUUGGGAUACAAUGUGAAAGUUUCAUGUUCGGUUGGAGGUCUGCUGCAGCGCAACUUUUGAUUCCAGUCAAUCUUCUGGUCUCUGGAAAGCAGCAUUCCUCCGUUGCUUUCAGUUCUGCUUAAUCCGUGGGGGAGGCUUGAUGCAGCAGCCAGUGGUAUGGGAGGAAUCUGUAUUGAGUACAGAAGAUGAAAGGCCACAGUGCUCUGCAAGAACCAGAGGCAUUCAGGAUUAGCUGUUUGUGCCCUAGACUCUAUUCAAAGUCUAACAGGCAGGAAAUCUUUCAUGGUUUUGAGCACUUCUUAAAAAAGCAUGGCAAGCUGAUGUCUCUGACCCAUUCUCAGCAUGGGGGUGCAGUUAUUUCCCUGAGCUGGUGAAGCAGAAAGACCUGCAUGUUAAUUGGUUAGAUUUCAGCACUUGGUUUAGGGCAUGCUAAUUGGCAGCCUGCAGAGGAGGAGCAGGGGCUUGCUUGGUUUCAACUAAUACCCAAGUUUCUUAACCUUUUUGUAAUGCGGCCAGACUGAUGUGUCACUGCCUCUUUUUGGAACUGGCAUCUCUUUUGGCAGCCCAUAUAGUUUUAUGAUGAUGAAACUCCCUGCCCCAGGCCAAAUCAGCUGGCAGAGGGAGGGGCCUAGAAAUCAGGUAUAUGCAUGGCUGCGUCAGAACUCUGGAUUUGCUAGAACCUUGGGUGUUAAUGUAGGUUUCAAUGCAUUCAAGAAUGCAUCAAGAUAGGCAUCAAGGUGUCCUUCAUGAGUUUGCUUGUAUAUGUAUGAGAGAGAAUGAGGAAAUAGCCAGUCAGUAUCCUUUUAUGAGGCUGAACUGCUGCUCCAGUAUGUAAAUAAGUAACAGUGGAGCCAGAGUACCUUUUAUAGGUGGCUUGAACAAACCCAAUAAAUUAUGACAAACUGGAAUAUGUACAACAGUCUUCCUUGCAAGCCCACUACCAUCAGGCUUUUGUUUGCUUCUCCUUGUUGCAUUGCAAGCUUGGGAUAAUGUAGUAUGUAGGAUUCUGCCAUUUUGGGGAAGCAGGGAGGGUUCUUGGUGAUCUUUAGGUCUCAUUCAAUAGCCUUGUGGCUGAGACUUAAAGCUGAAGACUUCCUCUCUCCCCCUCCCCCCAAUAUCUGUUAAAUGUUAAAUCUUCUGUGUGAAACCCAUAAUGUUUACAUAUUUCAGAAGUUGGGGCCAAGAAUGUACUAUUUGUUAGUCAAGUCUAGUCUGGCUUGCUUAGUGUAGCAUUCCAUGUCCCUUUUGAAUCAAGUCUUGUUUAUGCUAAAUCUUUUGUUCUGGAUUCUGAUUCACAAAGGGAGGUUUAAAAAACAACUGGGUCUUUAUUUUGUUAAAGGCCAUGACUUUCAUAUAACCCCACCAGCAUUUCUCUUAAAUGUACUUAAGAGAGGGAAAUGAUUCUGUCAGCUUGCCUUUAACAGUGUGGAGGUCAAUUUCCCAACAAUGAUAACCAGGGCAAAUAGGCUCCAUGUUGGAAAUAGCUCAUGCUUCACAAUUUUCCCUCUCGAAAUACUAUCUUUUUUUGUAAGUCUGAUUAUAUUUUAUCAUACCGACAAGUUUGAUUAUUUUUAUCAAUACGGAAAGGAUAGGAAAACAUAUUUAAUAUGAACAAGGGCUACUAAGGCUGACAAGAGGGAAAAAAACACAACACUUCGGCUGAUGCCUGACAUUGUCAUGGUUGACUUUUGCAUACAUCUUUACAUUUGCUGUAAAUUAUGCCAGUGGAAUCUACAUUUUAAAAAGAAAAAGGUAAAAUUUGAAUGUCGCUACAUGCUGAUUCAUAUUGCAUGUCUCCAGAUGUCAAGGUAGAUGACAAAAAAGGCAGUUGGUUUAGACAAGCCUUCCAAUAGGAGUGGAGUUCUAACAUUCUUAGUCGUCUUGGUGUCUCAUGAUUAACAGCUGUUUUUCCCCAACCAAAUUAAACCCACAGAAUAUAAAAGAGCAAUUUUUUUAUGAUGCAGACUGGAGGGAAUAAGAUAGUGUUUUUUAAGUGACUCUCUUUGUAUGUGAAACUGCUUCUUGCUGUAAAUUCAUUUAGUGGGAAAUGAAAUUAGUUCCUCUUAAAAUUCUGCUUUGGUCAUGUUCUAAUUGUCUCCAGUUAACAUAGUGGGCAGUGGCGUAGCGUGGGGGGUGCAGGGGGGGCUGGCCGCACCGGGCGCAACAUCUGGGGGUUAGGGUUAGGGUGCGCAAAUCCACGGGUUAGGGGGCGCAAAUUACUUGCCUUGCCCUGGGUGCUGACAACCCACGCUACGCCACUGAUAGUGGGAGGUGUGAAAAAGACAUUUCAUCUGUUAAUGGUGAGGUCCAUCUGACAAGAACAGAUGCAAGUUUGCGUAUUUUAUCCUAGAAGUACAUGCACUCAAAAUAUUGCCUCUUGAAAUCUCAUGCAAUGAGUUGAGUAAGAUUUAAAAAGUGAAAGAACCUGUAUUGUUUGCUUAAAGAUGCAGAAAGGUUGGGGUAACUACUGGACUUUGUUUCCCAAAUUGGGGGGUCAGCCAGUAUUGUUUUGUCCCAGAAUCCUAAAUAUAUCCUAGUACCUAGCAAAGAUGAAGCCAAUCAAGUCUGAAUCUAGAUGCUGACCUUUUGACUAUAACAUCAAGCCAAUUCUUCCAUCUUUCUCCUACCUGCCCCUUGAAGUUUUGUAGAAAAUUCAAAAGCUUGUUCCCAUGAUUUUGUGACAUAUUUGGUCCCAAUAAAAGUUAAUUGCCCAACUGUUGAAUUUUAAUUGAAUCAAGAUUUCUGUAACGACUUUCAGAUUCUAAACUGCUCCAAAACCGUUCAUUAGUCUUUUAGUUCAGACAAGUCAGAGUAGUACUCAGAAUAUUAUUAUUGACCAACUUCUUAACCUCUUGGUGCUCUGUUCCCUACUGUAUCAUCCAGGGGAAGGAGAUGGUAAGGAGGAAAUAAUGUGUGCCAGGAGUCCCCCCACCCCAUGCCUCCACCUCAUUUCCAAAAUUGUAAAAGACAAGUGAAGUACCCCCUGAGGCUUUUUCCAGUGUUGAGAUGGAAAAUGUGUUACAAAAAGAGCACUGUAAAAACAAAGGAGGCAAGAUAGCUGAUGAGAUGUAUGAUAAUUCAUGUUCUAUAUCCAUCCAGUCAGAUGGGCGGGGUACUACUACUACUGUUAAUUACAGUGCCUUAAAUGCAGUUACAUUAGCUGUGAUGCCUAAAUAUUUCUGAUGAUAAACCAUAGAGAUGGGGGAAACUAUCUUUUUCUGUAUUUAGGAGGCAGGCUUUGCUCUUUAGCAAUAGUCAAACUGCCUGUGUUAAUGAAUCAGCUAUAAGCAGGGAUCAAACCUUUUGCCUUUUUAGCUCUGCUUCCUCUUGGCUGGAGAGAUGAUGUCACCAUAGUGUGAGUGCUAUGUUCUCCUUUUAUGGAGUUAAACAGACUCAACUCGGAGUUGCUCAUGCAGAGGAAGUGGGUGAUAAAGGCCUGUUAGGAUAUUCUGUAACUGAGUUGUGAAGCACUAAGCAGCAUGUUAACAUUUUCUCUUCUUAUCCCCACCCUCCCCAGAGUUCAAAAUAUAAUCUCCUCUUGGGCAAUUAGAACACCUCAAAUGCAUGUACUUGAGAAGCAUGUAAUAACUACCAUUAUUUUGGCACUUCUGCUACAGAACUCAUCUAUUUUUUUCCAGCUACAAGGAUUCCACAGAUACGUAAAACUAUAUUUAAAUUUGCAUGAUGAAGCAGUUUGCAUCAAAUGCUUCCAAGCCAUGCAUCUCAUAAGAUGGACUCUAGUCAAUGACAGAUUGUACCACAAUAAUCCUGUUAGUCUACAAACUUGUGCGUUGCUGUAACAGCCCAUCUCUCUGGAAUAAAUAAUAAUUUUGCCUCUUUAAAAUCUGUAUUGCUUCUUAAGUGUUAAAGACCAGGCUUGAUAAUAAAUAUUGAACAGAACUUGUAUAGCUCAUAAGACAGCUGCUCAUUGAAUAACUGCUCUGAAAUACAGAGCCAAUGCUAUAGACUAAUGCGUUACUUAUUAAAAGCAUAGUCAAAAGAUACAUAUCUGGGCCUGUAAAGCAGAUGUAGACUCCUUCUUUAAUUAUCUUAUAAAUGAGCAUUUGGUUACAUUUAUUUUCCUUCUUCCUUUCUCACCCUCCUCCCCCAGCAAAACAAAUAUAGGCUAUCUGAGCACUUGCACAAUCCCCAGAAGGAGCAGCCCAAUAUCCUGCUGGACAGUCAGUUUUGAAAUGGGUGCCUCUGUUGUAUUUAUUUUAUUUAUCAAAACUUACAGAUCACAUAAUAAUGAUCAAGAAAGAAAUAUUUCUAAGCAGUUUACAAUAAAAUAAUAUAAAAUAUUUAUCUGACAAUACAAACACAUUUAAUCUGUAGGAUAAUCUCAUGAGCAUAAUAGAGCCCAGAUUGAACGGAAAAUACAAUAUUCUAAAACAUAACAUAGCUGCUGUAUCAUUGUGCAAUUGUGCAGCUUUUUCUGUGUAUGCGUUAGCUUACUGUUUUGGGGGAGGGAAGUCUGUUUGUUCUAAGAGUUGAGCAACAGGAAGUAGGAUACCAUGCGGCACUUCUCAGGCAGAAGAAUUCCAGCUAUCCCAGUGAUGACUGCUCUACUAGGCUGGGAAAAUUCUCUCCUUCUCCUCGCCCCCCCCCAAAGGGGCCUAUUUCCUUUUAUGGUAGUGUCUGCAUACUUGCCAUGUGACUUGCCUGUACUUGUGCAGGUACAUUCUUUAAAGCUUAAGGAGGAGGUGACUAACCAACCUGCAGCUGACAAUAGAGGGGGAGGAGGGAUUGCUGCCACACUUGGGGUUUUUUCUGACUAGUUUGCCUGCUAAUGCAUCAAAUUCUAUAGGGAUGAAGGCACUACUUUUCCCACAAAGAAUUUCAGGCUAAUUGGUCAGCUGCUGAGUUAAGUUUUUUCCUGCAGGCUGGAAUGGAAGUAGAAUGGCUCCUACUGUAGGCAAAAGGAUGGCUGGUUAUGACUCAAGAUGCAUAGGGCUUCUGCAGGCGUUCUCCAUUUGGCUUCCCCCUAUAGUAAUGAGGCAUGAAUUGAUGUUUGGAUACAGAGACAGUGUACUUUAAGCACCUGUAGCUUCUUUUUAAAAAUGUCAUCAUUAUUCAGAGAAAAAACUGCCUUCCUGGAAUUGCCUGCAUGAUACAGAACCACCCAGUUGUCUGUGUUACUAAAUACACCUCCUGGGGCUAUGUGCAAAUGAAUCAAUGCCCAGUCAUGCAGAGCCCAUUAACUGUUGAGAAUCCUUCAACUCGUAUGCUCUUAUUAACUGGUAGAGAGUCCAAAAACUUGUCACUUACCUUGCAAGGCACAUGUAUGCUAGUGGAGUAAUCUAACUGGUUAUUAAUUAAUUUGGGUGAUCUCUGACUAACUCAUGCUCUGAGCAGACACACUGAAAUCAAUAAACUUCAGUAACAAGUCAGUUUAUUUCAGUGGGUCUACUCAGAAUAUGACUUAGUUGGAGAUCACCCUCUGUAUGUAGCUAAGCACCAUAUAAAAUGCACUGUAUAUGAGUAGCUGAAUUACUAACCCUGAAUCCCAGCUCUUCAGUUUCUUUGGUUCCUGUAGCAGUGGUAAAAAAAUCAGGUAAAAAAAAAUGCUAUUGGGUAUGGCUCUGUAUCAGCAAAGAACUCUGGCUUGCACGCUUGGUUAAGUAACGUCACCUUCUAAUCUUACCUGACACAAAAAGGAAUUUUAGUUAUACAUGUAGGAGAGUAUAAAACAAGUGAUAUGGUUCUUCCAACUAUUUGGAAUUUUUUUCUGCGCAUACCACACCGAGAGCAGGAAUUCUGUAGAUAACAUGGUGGCUGUGAAGAUAGGCAGGAUUUAUUAAUUUGUUUAUCAGUAAUCCCAGUCAUACUGUUUUACUUGAAUAAGGGCAAUAUAGGCAUUGAGGCUACCCUUUAAGACCCCACUCCUCCAUUGCAUUUUGUUGAAUCUGCUGGGGGUGUAUGUGCAAGAAAAUACAACAACAGAGGUGCAGGCUGUGUUGAAGAGAUUUGUCAAGAGGCCUGAGACUAUGCAACUUUGCUUAAGAGGCAGUGAGAUGGAAUAAAGGUGACCUUGGCCUGAAUCUGAUCGUCUUUUGUUUGCUUCUUAAUUUCAGAUCGAGAGGAUCAGGCCAUUCUUUGCACGUAAGUAUUUGCAUAAUUUCCCCAUUGCUGAUAUAGUUCUUGGCAGUUUAAGCAGCUUUUUAAAAUGUAGUUGACUCACAGGAGUGGUUUUACUGUGAAACUUUAAUCUCUCCGGGUCUAACUAAUACUUUGAAAGGCAGGUGUGUGCAUAAUUUUUCACAUGUUUACCAAGUCUCACUAGAAAAAGAUAAGGGCAGAUAAAGACCAGGAGAAGACGUUAUAGGCCCCCCUAGUGGAAGCAUAUCAAGUGUAAAUGCUUGGAGAACUGGUAGUUAAGAAAGCAACCUGGUAGGUAUUGUGGUAACCUUGUUCACCAUAUACAAGCUAGCAAGACAUUUAGGGAAAUGUGUGGACUAGGCUCCUGAAAACAAUAUUUUAGAAAGUUGCUAAAGAGAGGUAAAUGUUUGCAAAUAUAUCCCGAUAAUGCUUUGCCUUUUGCAGAGGUGAAUCUGGAGCUGGUAAGACAGAAAACACCAAGAAGGUCAUUCAGUAUCUGGCUCAUGUUGCUUCAUCACACAAGAGCAAGAAGGAUCAAGUAAGUUUCUGUAUUCUAAUAGGAAUUUGCUCUGCUAUUUCAACUGCAAAUACAAGCUGACCUCUUUAUGGGAGAUAAUUUAGUACUGAUUGAUGCUUUGUAAUAAUGUGAAUGGUCCCGAAUUUUAUGUGAGACUGGCUAAUAUUGUGCUCCUGACUUGUGUUCACUGACUUCAGUGAAGUGGCAGUAGAUGUUGAAUUGUGUCUAAAUGACCGCUGUAUGUGACAGUGCAUUCACCUACUGGCAGGGAGGUACCAUCUGCCUCCUUAUUGUAGCGUCAGUUUAAAACUACUUGACCACCUCUUCUCCUGGAGUUGUGGCUGUCGUCGUCCCCCCCCCCCCAUUUGCAAUGAAGAAAGUGUUCCAUCACUAGAGCCUUCUUUUCUGUUAUAGGUAGUAACCAAAAACACUCUGACAGUGUGUGUCUUUUGUGCUAAGGAGGGUAUCUAUGAAAUAUUGUCUCAUUUAUUUUUCCUCCCUUCUCUUGAUGGAUUAUGUCCGAACUCAUCAGUUGGGACUUCAUAGGUGAGCUGCACGUUUACUGCACGAUCUGCACCAGGAAUGUGUGUGUUGCUCUACUGUGUGACUUCUAGCAGCUUUUCACUCCCACCAAUGUCACUUUUUGCCACUAUCAGUUCACAGUUUGAAUCACACAGCUUUCUUCCUCCCGAGACAUCCCGAAUGGGAGACUACAAUUUACCUCAUGACACUUUCUCACGUAUAGUCAAAACCUAUUAGUAAUUCUCACUUUAGGUCUGUCUGAAUAGAAUUUCCUAUGUGCGCUGAGAGGCAUUCUGCACAGUGACACAGAUACUCUGUGCUGUUCCAAAGAGGGUAUCUGGUAUCCACGGUAUUCUGGCUAGACAGAGCCAGCUGACUUUCUCCACUCUCCUCAACCCAUCCAGCGUACUUGCUGUGGUGCAGGAUGUUGGGAAAGGUCAUGAAGAAACUGCCCCGGCACAGGCUGGAUGUUCCAGCUCAGAGCUCUUUGCCCGAGUUAAACACAUGAGGAAAUGCUAGUUAUCUUGUAAACAUUAUAAUGAAACCCAGAUGCCAAGUGUAUUCCCUGUUGCUACAUAAAAUCUUGGGUUUUGAUUCUUUAAUGUACUGGCAUGCUGUGUGUCCAUAGGGUUAGCUCUCAAAAUAUCUCUGCAUGGUGUGUGUGCGUGUGCGCACAUUCUAAUGAGUGGCUUUUGGAAGCAAACCAAGAUAUAGUCUUCUGUAUGCCAAACCUUUUGAGAGAUGACAGCUGCUCCAAUAGACUGUCAGUGAGUAUACUUAGAACAGGCACAAAAAACAUUUCUGUGUUAGGAUUUAGGGAUCUGAAAGCAUGUAUAUUCUGUCCCAGUGCUGUCAAAACCUAGGAUAUAAGGUGGCAAUCAAUCAGCCCCCAGUGUAACAAUUUUGGAGCCCUUCCCCCAGCUUUAACUUGAAGUCCUUUUGGGGUUUUUUUAAGAUUAGUCAAAGUACUGUAUUGCUUUUAGAAGCCUGAAGCAGACAUAGAACUUUUUUAUGUUGUGUGUGUUGAUGUUUAAAUCUAACUAUCACAAUCAAUCUUUCCACCCAUGCUUUUGAGUAGGAAUUAACAAUUAUUAAUGGCUUAUUUAGGAGAGUUUUGAUUCCCCCCCCCCAGACAUGCUUAGAAUCAAUAUUUGUGAUAGUUUCCAGGGUCAGGAGACAGGCCUGUUGAUCAGGAAAGUUGUGUUAAAGGAUGGCUGGAUAUGACAUGCACCCGGCUUUAUGUAUUAAUAGUGCUAGGCUUUAGAUUGCAGAGUUUUAAAACCACAACUUGGGCAAACUUUUCACUUUGCAAUUGAAAUUCUUAGCACCGUAGUGCUUUCAAGCAAAGCUGUCCACAGCAUUUGGUAUUUUCUAAAGUUUCUCAGCAGCAGCAUUGCUGGAGGAGGAGGUUGGCAUGAUCUGCUGUUUCAGCAGACCGGCUGGUUAGUUCCAAGGUGGGACAAUUAGUUCAAACUGUCUCUUCUCAUCCUGAAUCCCUUCUGAGAUCUGCUUCAGCUGGCUUUAGUCAUGAGUAGAGGGGUGGAAAUCUUUAAAAGCCUUUUCCGGACCAGACAUCAAAUAUCUGAAGACUCCCAAGGGUGAUACUGUUCCUGGAUUCUUUCCUGGAGGAAGUAUUUGGAGCUGCUGUGUGGGAAAAUUGUGAAGAUACUCUUUAUGCAAGUUUUUCUGAAACGAUGAAAGGCUCACGCCCACACUGUGGCCAAAUGGAACAGAAUCUGUGGCUGUAGUGACAUGCAUGAUUAAAUUGGCUAUGUGACACACAAAAAAGAAUGAAAAAGUUCAGGCUGCAACUGAAGAAAAAUAAAUAUUAGCAACCCAUAUUGAGGACCUGUUAGGACAUUAUUUCACUCCUGGGAUUGUGUCCAGAAACAGGCUUUGGGCUCAUAUGUCCCUCACUGUGUGAUCAAAUGAAGAAAUUGCAUAGGGUAUGGGAUUUCCUUGGUUCUGUGACACCUUAAGUCAUGUUCCUGAUCUCUUCUUGGUGGGAAAUAGUAUCCGAACAGACCCUAACUCAUGAAUCAGAUAUUUCAGAAAAAGGACAUUGUAUAUUACUUGAUUACAAUAUGCAGUCAUUCCCUCUACUAAGAAUUGGUGGUGGUGAGUGCUGGCAGAAAUUGAGCUAAAAUGGGACUGCUGAGAAACAAGAAAGUGGUAUUGGAUUGAGGGAGUCUCAUAUUUGAAGAAGUCUUAAGCAACGCCCGCAGCCCUAUGAGGACAAUCCCCCAAACAACCCAUUGAGGACUGAGCAUGCCCAGUAGUCAUAGUUGGGGGGGAAAAAGAAACAGCACUCCUAUUUGGGGAUGAGUAUGCAUUGCAACGUCUUGUUUCAAAUGCAUUUGGUAGCUCUAGGUUUUCAUAAUCUUACUGUCAGCUAGGUAGCCAAUUCCUUCUCUAAAUUCUUCACUGGUUAAGUUUAUAUGGGGAGCUACAAUAGCUUGUGCUUCUUUGGGUCUCUAAAACAGCCUCCCCCUUCCUUCUGUGGCUGGCUCCAACCCAUUUGUGUCUCUUCUUAAUUCCCCCCCCCCCAUUUUUCUAGUGAAAAAGGUGCAAUGAAUUACUGUUGACUGCAGAAAAACACUCAAAGCAACCAUUGCUCCUUAUAGUUACAUUUUUAGCCCUGGAGUCCUGCAUUGGAAUAUUUAAGCUGCUGCUGCUUCCUCUAAACAUAGCUUUUCUUCAGAUCUUGACCCUGCGCUGAAGUUGUAGUGUUUCGGUCUGUGACAUCACUCAUUUCCAUAGCAACAGAUUGCAGUAACAAACAAAGGAUUAGGACUCCACUGCAGGAUCAAACGGGAGAAUUGCGGGGGGGGGGGGGCAGAGGCCUUCCUAGCAUACAUGCACAUGUGACAAUAGAGGAAAUUCUACAUUGCUGGCAAAAUAAACUUUUCGGCACUUAUCUGAGGCUUUGCUUCCUUCUGCACAGCUGAUGGGGUGGUCUGUGAUGGAUAGCAGCUGUCUUGGCCAGAAUCUAUUCCCAUGGCCCAACAGCCCACUGUCACCAUGAAUAAAUGUUGUUGCUGCUGUUGUUGUUGUGGUACCAAGCUGCACAACGGACAGCAGAGUUCAGAGCUUUUCUAAAUGUAUGUGAAGUUGGAUCACUUACAGGAAACCCAAAGCAACAGUUGAGUAAAGGCCCCUUUCUUAGCCCUGCAUUCAGCUGAGUGAGCAAAACUGUCAAGUUUACACUGCAACUGUUGUAGCACCAGCAGCAGAUUUGGUGCUAUAUGGAAACCGAAGAGUUGUGUAUCUGAGCUCUGGGAGGUACUAAAGUCCAGUGGAAAGCAAGUUCAGAAACAUGGAAAGCUGGAAUAGGAGGACAAGUUGAUGCAGUGUGAUCUUAGGUCAGCAAAAAUGGAACAGUUUUUCAGCAGCUAUAUAUUCAUAUAAACCAGGGGUCAGCAAACUUUUUCAGCAGGGAGCCGGUGCACUGUCCCUCAGACCUUGUGGGGGGCCGGACUAUAUUUUGAAAAACAAAUCAAGAAUGAAUUCCUAUGCCCCACAAAUAACCCAGAGAUGCAUUUUAAAUAAAAGCACACAUUCUACUCAUGUAAAAACAUGCUGAUUCCCAGACCAUCCGCGGGCAGGAUUUAGAAGGCGAUUGGGCCAGAUCCGGCUCCCCCAGCCUUAGUUUGCCUACCCAUGAUAUAAACCUUGAAAGCAGCAGGUUUUGUUUCUCUGAGCUUACCAUAUGGAGAGAUUUUUCUUUUGAUGUGAUUAGUUUACCAUUAAGGAAGUGUAUUUCUUAAGGCAUACAUCUCCCAACACAUCUAUACAGUGCUACUUAUGGAAAUAAGAGUUUGGAGCCAGGAGUUGACAAAAUAUAUCACCUUCUAAAUGAAUGGGUUGAAAGUAAUUUUCAUGUCUGAUUUCCUGACUCCAGGGGGAGCUUGAGAGGCAGCUACUGCAGGCCAACCCCAUCUUGGAGGCCUUUGGAAAUGCCAAAACAGUUAAGAAUGACAACUCUUCAAGAUUUGUGAGUAUCUGCCUCCUUACUUGAAUUAUGCAUUUGAAGUUUGGGGGCAGGGGAAGGAUAUAGUUGAAUGUGGUUUUAGCUGUUUGGCCUUGGAUGUAGUUCUGAAUGCAAACUUCACCUUGUCUGCAUUUGAAGGGUAUUUGGGGCAAGUAGAUUAUCCACAAACUCAUAUUAAUACUAUAUGCGUGAGUCAUCCUAAACCCUGAUUGCCUCUGAUAUAGUUAGCAAUAUAAAACAUUUUAUUUGUAUGCUGCCUUUCCAAAUUUAAAACCAUGCUCAAGGCAGCUUACAACAUAUAUAAAAAAUUACAUAACUACAUAAACAUAAUGAAGUAGUUAUAAACAAUAAAAGUAAUCAUAAACAAACAAAAAAUCAAAUAUACUUAGCUGUUUACUGUGUAAAAUAUCCUUUUUAAGAAUGAUUUGAAACAUUUAUUUUAAAAGGAAACUGAAGCUAUAAUGGUGUGGUAUUAGACAUUAAAUACUCUGUGCCAUGUAGCACCUGGAAAUGAAUAGAAGCCAAAGUGGCCUAUUUAAAAUUAUAUUUUCCCUGCCUUCACCACAAGGGGCAUCUGAGGCGGCAGAUGUCCUAGGUCCUGGUCCUCUACUGAGAUCCAUCUAAUUUAUUAAUCACUUAAUGCUUGUAAGAGUAUCCCGUUAUCAAGUUCCUUGGCUGUUCUGUAGAAUGAGCCUGAGUUUUAUAUCGAAAUCUAGAAUAGCAGCUGUAUACCCCACGUUUACAAUAUGUGUAGUCGGCUAAGAGUUCUUGUUUUCUUUCUUCUUUCAGGGAAAGUUCAUCAGAAUCAACUUCGAUGUAAAUGGCUACAUUGUAGGAGCCAAUAUUGAGACCUGUAUCCUUCCCACAGAUAGGGAAAUCCAAAUAACAACUAAAGUGGGGGGAGGAGGAGAGCACACAGGCAUCUUGGCUUAAGAAAAGGUGUGGGCGGAUCGUGUUUUGAAGUUGUACUUUGAAGAAGCAACUUGCCUUUUAUGAAGAUGAUAAUAUUUUCAGAAGAGCUUGGCAACCUUCGAUUGAAGUGCGUAUGAGUAGUGAUCUUAUAGCUACAUUUAAAAUAAGAUCUCUUCCUGAAGUACUUGUGAUCCAGUUCAACAUAAUACACCAUUUGUGAACAUUUGUGUUAACUCACAUGCACUAUGGGCUCAGCUGCUGAGAGCCACGCUAGGGCAGAAGCCUCAAUCUGGCAGAGUACUGUAAUACAUGAGCUGCCUUUUAAACAUACCUCAUUGAGUCCGAAAUAACAACUCUUUACAUCCUCCCCCCAAAACCCUUUAUUCUGUUCUGCCAAACUCCUGCACAGUUAAAGUUCACGCAAACUGGGUUACUUUGUUUUUGAAAAAUCUUUUAUGUAUCUUUUUCUUUAAUAGUAGUAUGGUGACAGAAGGAGAGGAUAAUAUGAACAGAAGUCGAGCAUUCAAAGUAUAGAGGCUUAAUUCCUGAAUGUGAGAGGUUUUCGCAAAAACAACUUGCCCAGUUUGGGUCUGAGAAAGAUGCCAAGCUACCUGAGAAUCUGUAUACAUAUAAUUUAUGUAGACAUGGGUAGUUGUUUUUUCUCCCUUAACUUACCAAAGAUCUGUUGGAGAAAUCGAGAGCAAUACGUCAGGCCAAAGAAGAACGAACAUUCCACAUCUUCUAUUACUUGCUGACCGGGGCAGGGGAACACCUGAAGAGUGAGUACUUGGUGCUUAAAUUAUAGACUCCUAGUUUACUAGUAGUCUCUUUAGAAGUGCUUUGCACAGGCAUUCUGUCUUUUUUUUAACCCUUUCCUCUUGUAUAGUCUUUGUUCCCCCAAGACUGAUCUAGCUUUGUCAGUCUCAACCAAUGUCAACAUUUCCUUAUCUGAAGGCUGUACUGAGUUAAUUAAGGACAUGAGAAAGAUCAAAUUAGGAGUGUUAACAGCACUCUUAGAAUACUCCAAAAGAAUUUACUGAACUUGCAGCAAGUAAUUGCCCUUCAAAUGAUUUACGGGUGAGAAUAUAGGCAACAGGGAGUUACUGUUUUUGUAAGUAAGCCGGUUCUGCUGCUUUCCAUAAGUGUUGUACCAAAUGGGUUAUUGAAGUUAGACACCAUUUAAUUGAAGUUAACCCAACUAACCAUUUUUUGUGGAUGCGGGAUAGUUCUUACUUGUUUACUACUGUUGCAUAACUAUCUGCAGGGCAGUGUUUAGAUCUCUAGAUAAGGGAUGAAAAAAGAUUCAUGUAACCUUUUCCGAUGGAAACAACAUUAAGCUUCUGCUUUAUGUUGAAGAUCUAGCAAUUGCUGGAAUGCAAGAAUACUUAGCCUAGGGUUUAAUAUAGGAGGCCUAAUGCAGACAUCCUUAAUACCGAGUAGUUGUAUAUUUGAGUUGUCAGACUUGUCAUAUAAGCCUUGCUACUUGCCCUGAAUGUUUACCCUGAAGUUAUGCACUAAUGUUUAAACUUUAUUGCCUCUUUAGAUGACUUGCUGUUGGAGCCCUACAACAAAUACCGCUUCCUUUCUAAUGGGCACGUUACAAUCCCGGGUCAGCAGGACAAGGACAUGUUUCAAGAGACGAUGGAGGCAAUGAGGAUCAUGGGCAUUCCAGAUGAAGAGCAGAUUGGUAUGAAGCUUCUAAAAAGGGCUUUAGAAGUGCAAGCAGGUUGUGGUGAAGAUUGCUAAAUAACAGUGAAAUCCCCAAGCACCUGGAUACUUUGAGUUGUUAAAUGAGUGAUCUGCAUGUGCCUAUCUGGGGAUGUUAGAUAGUGGCCUUUCCCUGCAUUCAGGUUGAUUUUGGCAAGUACCCUCUUUCUGCAAAGAGAGGUUUCAAAAGGGCAAUCUCUCUCUCUCUCUCUCUCUCUCUCUCUCUCUCUCUCACACACACACACACACACACACACACACAAAAGCAAGUAGCUUGCCAGCCUACAUUUCAAGCUGCCCAGCUUUCUUUCCACCUUAUUUGCAAGCUUGGUUAAAACAGCUGCUCCUACUGCUUUGUGUUGUGGAUGAGCAUCCAGUGUAAAGGUUUUUAGAUGUGUAAUUUGUUGUGUAUUUAAUUUAAUUUAAUGUUGCAGAUUAAUUGCACUGCAGAAAGCGUGCUGGGGAGACCACAGAUUUAGGAAUAUAGAUAGAUAGAUAGAUAGAUAGAUCGGCAGAUCGGCUUUAUUUACAAAGACAAAAAGUCCUUUUACAUUCACUCUAUAAGUAUGACCCAUUCACCAGGGUACUGAGAGAGGUACACACUGCUCUUUAUAUACUAUACCCAGUUGCUGACACAGCUUAAUUAACACAACUUAACAGCACCUGCUAUACUGUUUCACAGCUGUAAAACUAGGUCAUGAUAUUUACUCUGGCCUUUAAAGAGAUACACAUCUUGUGAAACAAUAAUGAACCUUAAUAUUUAAAUAAACCAUUCAACAUAAUUGAGUGGUGAAAAAAUGCUCCUCCUUCCCUGUUUCAGUUGCUGAACGCAUUAAAUACUAUACAGUAUUAAGCAUGUGAAGAUCCCACAUCUGGAAGGCAGGUGGUUUGAAAGUCUGAUUUUAGGCUCAAGGGCUUAAACCUCUUUAAAACAUGUUUGUUUAAAUUGAAUAAAAAGUAACUGUUUGGCUGGAUAAGUUGGUCCAUCUGAUGGAGCAAACAUACAGUAGUACAGUGUUUUUGGAAUGACUUAUAUAGGUUGCCUUAGCUUGGAAGUUUGGAGCUUGGGAUGUUUAGGCAGAAAUAGACAAGCCCCGCAGGGGUACUGAAACCUAAAAUGAGAUGCUUGACUUUGAAAGAGUAGAGUAUCUACAGGCCCAUUUUUUCCACAGCUAAUAUUUAAUCAUGAUACUCUCCCCAUUGUGUUGUGUGGGGUGAAAUCUGUGAUCCUCCCAUAGGCUCUUAACUCAUGAAAAACAGGCAAGUAGCCCUCAUUGAUUGGAGAUAGCAGCAUGGGUCAUGGUAAAGUUGCAGCUCCUGUAACGUAGUACUGUAUCCUGAGUGUCAGAAUCCUUAGUGCACCAAGGUCCCUGCCUGUAAGACAUACCUGACUCCAGAUGUGGCAUCACAGGAGACAGGGCCUAGUGACUGUCUGCAUCUGUCAAUACAGCAUUAGACUCAAUGUUUUGGGGUAACUUAAUCGUAGGUGACUCUGGAGUCUGCCUGCUUCAGUACUGGCAUUGCCACACAGUGUUAGCACUACCACUUUGUGCUUUAGGAGCUUGGAAGAUUAAAAGGUUAGACGUCAUUGCAUAUACAAUAUCAGUGCUCCUCCUGGACCUUUUAUGAGUGGACCCAAAUGUAUCAUUUUGUAAGCUGCUUUGGGUCACUUGUGAAAAAAGAUUAAUAAAUGCAAUUAUAGUAACAUCCACUCUCCUCUUUCAUAAUAAAUCUGUUAGGCAAAAUGUGUCAGUCUCUUUGUAUUACAUAUUCUGCUACCAAAUAAUGAUGCCUUUCGGUAUUUGGUAGCAGAAUAUGCUACAUUUUCUGAAAUGUCACAGGUUGUAAGAUUAUUAUUAUUUUUUUUUUAAAAAAUUUCCUUGACUUUUGGGGCGCAUGAGCUGGAUGAUAACAAUGCCCUUUGAGCCAUCUUGCCUUUUCCAGGAAUUACUGUUUCUUAUAUUUCUGAUCAGGCACACAUGUAAUUGUUUUGUAAGCUGUAUGGUCAGAAUAUAAAUCUAACAUGAAUACAAUGUGUAACCAAAAAGGUACUAGAGGGAGGUUUGGGAAGACUUAGACAAUUCCAAGGUUUGUAGAAGUACCAAGAAAUAUUGAGAUUAAAAAAAAAAGGUGGAUGACCCUCUGUCAGGGAACUGCCAUCAGUGCCGGAGGGAGAGAGCAAAAUCCAGAGGGAUUCCAGAGAGCGUCCCGGGAUUGGGAGAGGCAGCCCAUCUUCUGGGGAAGAGAAUCAGCGUAGCACCAGUGGAGAAGGGGGGCAGAUGGGGGGAAGCGGCGAGGCGGUCCCAUGACUCCUUGCCGGGGACCAGCGGGGAGAGUAGAGGUCCUCCGCUGCCUACGCCCUCCUUGUGCAGAAGGCUUUCGCACAGAGAGAGUAGGAGGAGACUGGGCGUCAAAGAGCUUCUUUGCUGGAAGAAGUUUAAGAAACGCCCACUGACGGAUUCUGCCAGCGAUUGAGACAGCCACGGGUGAGUGGCUGUCCGGACAGAAAAGUUCACUCAGUCAACCCAGCCAGGUGUUUGCACCGGCUUAUGCACGAGCAACCCCUAGAACCACUACACCCUCCCAAAACAUGGAAGACUGGCUGUUGGGUAAGAGGAGAAAUGGUGUGGAGUAUUGUGGAGGAGGCCAUGGCUGACUGGGACGGUGAACAGAAGCAUUUUGUUGCAGAUCCAUUUGUGCGACUCCGAUAUACCAAAAGGCUAGUGGGAAUGAAACAAUUGGUCGUUCGUUCAUCUGUGCCUGGUGUUUCUUAAGUGACAUGUAGUAACUUUUGGGUGUUUUCUUUAGGUCUGCUGAAGGUGAUAUCGGGUGUUCUUCAGCUUGGCAAUAUUGUCUUCAAGAAGGAGCGCAAUACAGACCAAGCCUCCAUGCCAGACAAUACAGGUAAAUAAAUUCCCCCAUGGGCUGGAAGUCGGUGCUGCUUUGUGGAAGAGCCCACUUCUUAAAAUGUUGGCAUCACAUAUGAAGUCAGACGAGAGUGGAAAUAUGUACUGUAGUGAACUCUAGUGAGUAUGUGCAGCACAGCAAUACCGUUGAUGGCUUUUUGAUGUAAACUGGAUAUCCUCAGUAACUGCUGUUGCCUCCUGGUGGCAAACAUAUUAUCUACAUGUAAAUAUUGGGUCAUCCACUGUGUAAUUGCAACCACCCGUGAAUAGGCACAUGUAAUGCCUGUUGCUAUUACAUUAUAGAACGCAGGACAAGUGAAGGAAGGGGUGUAGAAUGUAGGGAAAGAGUGAGGGAGCAGCGUCAGUUGGUGGUAGCUGAAAGGAAGGAUGCAGAAGAGAAAUGGAGGACAUAGGAGGAACAGAGUAGACAAGGCAUCGAGAAGGUGAGGAAAGCUGAACAUGGGCAACAAAAUUAAUAGAUAGCAAGCAACUGUGUAUGAUUGGGAUUAACUACAGUGACAUAAACUUGACUGGUUUGGGGUUGGGUCACUUGCAGGAAGUUGAUCAUCAAAACUAGAUACUGAUUCUUGAGCUAUAGGAGUGAAUAUCUCUCCUCAUCUAUAUUUUAGAACAAGUAUGCAUUACAGUCUUUCUUGUGCCAGGCAGAAGGUGAAUGAGGGAACAGCCAGAAACUGAGUUCCAGUUGUGUCAUGGGAGCUGGCAUACAUUUAGGACUUGAGUGGGGUUGUGAUGGAACCUGCUUCCAAUUCACGGCUGAAACAAAUUAGUUUAAAUGUCACAGUUGCCCUCUAAUAUCAAAUGUGAAACUCCUGACUGAGACAGAUGCUUGUGUGUUUUGAAAUUGCUGUGAUCAUGGUUUCUGGCAUUUGAACACCAAACGUUAGAAAUUUGAUGCCAAGCCAGAGGGGCAGUAAAACCUUGACUCAGUAAGCCAGACCUGAUGCCAUCUACAACUCAAGUGCCUUAAAUGGUGAGGGGAAGUGUAGCUGUGUUCUCUGAAUCAGGGAGUCUUUCAUUCAUAAAUGCUCAUGGAAUUGGUGGAGCCACCAGCAGGUACUCGAGUCUGCAAGAAAUUGUAAGCAGCCAAGUGUAAGCUGUUGAAAAACUUUCAGAAAUCAGCACACCUUUCUUAGCAACUCUGAAUUUAGCACUUAAACUGAUUUACACCUUGGUAAGCAGGCUUGUAACGGAGAUAUUUCUUUGGUAGUGCAAGUCUGUCAAUCAAAAACAGGCAGGGAUUGUUGUCAUCCUUUCCUAGAAAACCCAAUAACUAUUUUAUGAUCACAUGUAACUCUCACUGUUCUUUCAAUGUGGAACUCCUCAUCCAGACAGUGACCAGACUUUUUCCUGCCUGGUUUCAGCAAGCUACUACAUACUUUGCCUUCAGAUCAUGCACUAAACCUAGAGUUUCUCUAACAAAUGAGUGGCAUACACAAAACAAUAAUCAACCCUCUGUAUCUCUAUCUGUAGCACACAAAGAACAAUGGUUUCAGCUUUCCCUGUGUUUGAAAAGUUGUUAGGUUCCCUUAAGUGACACUCUGCAGAGCAGUGUACUUAAAAAUACUCAUUUUCACAGUAAAAUGGAAGAAACAAAUAUUAAAACUUGGCUUUUGCUCUUUCUCUCUUAUAGCUGCUCAGAAAGUUUCCCACCUUCUGGGUAUCAAUGUGACAGACUUCAGCAGAGGAAUUCUCACCCCUCGUAUCAAAGUGGGACGAGACUACGUCCAAAAGGCUCAAACUAAAGAGCAGGUAUGUUUUGUACAGGUUUGCAACAAAGACAGUAAAGAAUAAGCAGUAUCUUUACACGGACAUGUAGACAGAUGAUCAGUGGAUCACAUAAAUGGUUCUAGAGACGGACCUGUCAAAUAGGUUUUCAAGGAAAUGAGCAUGAGCUGUGUGUUGAGAGUUAGACUGCAGUCCUAUUCACUGUAGUAAGUCCUAUUGAAUGCCGUGGAGCUUACUUUCAACUGAAGGUGCAUAGGAAUGUAUUUAAUAAUAAUAAUAAUAAUAAUAAUAAUAAUAAUAAUAAUAAUAAUAUCUUUAUUGUCAUUGCCCCCUUCGGGGACAACGAAAUUACUUGACUGCUCCAUAAAAACACUAAUUAAACAAUACAGUAUAAUACAGCAAGGGAGAUUAGAUGACUUUCAAAGUCCGGGCUUCCCAUUCAGGGCCGAGAUCGCUCUGGAGAAGAAGCUGUUCUUAAGACGGCUCGUUCUUGUCUUCAUCGUCCUGUAUCUCCGUCCCGACGGCAAGAGCUCGAAGAGACAGUGACCAGGAUGCGAUGGAUCUUUUACUAUGUCCAGUGCCUUCCUAUGGCACCUUGUGGCAUAAAUCUGCUCUAAGGUGGAGAGUGGGCAGCCAACAAUGCUCUCUGCUGCCUUAACAACCCUGCACAACCCCAUCCUGUCCUGGGUAGUACAGCUUCCGUAACACACACAUAAGCCAUAAGUAAGCACGCUCUCAAUGGCACAGUGAUAGAAGGCAAGCAGCAGUUUCAAGUCUUUAAAGGGUGAAUUCCCAACUGGUCCUAACUAGAGUCAUUCUGUGAAGCUCCAUAUUGGAACAAUGCAAAGAGUAGUAGUUGGGAAUGUAAAGCUCUGGUGUUCAUGUUUUUUUCCUGCGCCCAUGCACAUCCCACACCCCACCCAGCAACAUUCUGUAUGCGUGCUGCUGCCAGUAUGGUGUGUACAAACAGGAUGAAAGCUGAAAAGUUCCAAAAGCCUUUAAAAAAACUACAAAAAACUUCUGUAUUUGAAAGUAAGAUAAGAAUAUUUGCAGAUUAUCUUUGCAUAAUUUAGUUGAUUCAAGAAGAAGAUGUUCUGAAAAGUAAAAAAGCCAUGAUCUCACUGUUGGCGUCCAUCAGGCCAGAGGGAAUUUCUCCUGAACUGAGUUGCCUCUCUUCUUGCUUCAGGCUUUUAUAUGGUAGUACCAGCUCUGUAGCAUUGGCUGACGCUUGCAUGUUGUUUUGUAGAGGCGAGUAUUUACGAAAGAUUUAACUUUCUGACAAUGAUUCAGGCACUGCAACCUUAAAUUUAACAAUUGUGAUAGUGUUUUUUUUGCCAUCUGUGACUUUUACCCCCCUUUUUUUAAGGCUGACUUUGCCAUUGAGGCUCUGGCUAAAGCCACUUAUGAGCGCAUGUUUCGUUGGCUGGUGAUGCGUAUCAACAAGGCACUGGAUAAGACAAAGAGACAAGGAGCAUCUUUCAUAGGAAUCCUUGACAUUGCUGGCUUUGAAAUCUUUGAGGUAAGUAAAGGGCAGCCGCACUUUUAAAUUCCAACAUACUGUGUUUGGAUGUUAGUGUUGCUCAAGGAGGGAUGUCAACUAAGAACCUCCACUUGAACUGUGGUUCUUCCAGUUUCAUCCCAGGGCUCAACCAGGAAGGAAUGCAAGGGAGCCCACCUUUGAUGUACUGGACCAUAGUGUACUCGUAUCACAUAAUUUUUCAGUGACCCCAGGCAGCAAGUAGGAACAAAAUAGAAUUCUUUUGAAGAGACGCUAGAGACAUUCUUAAAGUCCAGUGUAAGCUCCUUUUCUGAAAGAUGGUGGCUUGGAUCUUAACUAGGCUUCCACAAAUGGAAGGUCUCCUUCCAUGGACUGAACCAAGAUCCAGCAGAGCAUCCCUCUAGCAGAAAGAGGAACAGGCAGUUUUUGCUGAUCACCCCCCUCCCUGCACUGUAUCUUAUUGUACCCCAGAGGUCCCCCCAACCCUCUAGACCAGGGGGGAAAGGGGGUGCAUGGGAUGGGAAUUGGCAAAUCUCGUUUCCCCCAUCUACUGGUGGGAGCAUUAUGAGUGCAACUUCCCUCAGGGGACACUUCAGCCAACAUGAGCAAACUUAGGGUCCGAUCCUAGUUUUUCAAUGUUAGAUGUAAUAUUACGGUCUUGGUAUGCCUGAAAAAUCCAAAAUGACUGUGUUUAAAAAUGUUUUUGGAACAAAAUAAAUAACCUUAAUAUAAUGUUUGCUGUCAAAUACUCUUUCUUUCAGUAAAGUAAGAAUUGGCAUGCAGGAUUGCUGCCAAGUGGAGAGCAGAUGUCUGCUGCUCCAAGUUUAGAAUUGAUGCUCAAAUGAGUGCUGCAAAGCACCUAACAAGAUGCCUUCUUCAUCUCAGUAAAUAAGGCAGUGGAGAAACUGUAGUUGAAUGCUGGUUCAGAAAUGGGGAUACUAGUAGGUAACCGUUUGGUGGGCAGCAUUCACCUAGACCUGUGUUGUUCUAUUUUUCCGGAAUUAGCUGAACUCAUUUGAACAACUGUGCAUUAACUACACGAAUGAGAAGCUGCAACAGCUCUUCAACCACACCAUGUUCAUCCUGGAGCAAGAAGAAUACCAGCGUGAGGGCAUAGAAUGGAACUUCAUUGACUUUGGCCUGGAUCUGCAGCCCUGCAUUGAUCUUAUAGAAAAACCGGUGAGUGACUCAUGCAUCGUGUCCUGGGUAGUACAGAACAGUUAUUGCAGUGAGCUUAAGGCCCGUAUGCACAAACCUCUUGAUUUAUGCUAAGAAGCUGAAUUUAUCUACAUGAGUGUGGCCUAUGAGCUUAUGAGGCCACCACUUUGCUGCAGCGGAGGUAGUUGAAUGUGGUUAGUUCCUAGGUAUGAAACUGCCGGGGAACAGCAUGUAAGCAGCCUUGGAUUCCAUGGUGGAAGGCACUAGGUUACAAUUCAAAGAUAAUAAAUUUAAUUUGAAUAAACUGGCAAAAACUCAUUUAAAUGUAGAAUCCAAAAGUGGCAUAUAAAAGGAGCAAGAAAUGGGAUAGUUUAGAGACUGCUUAUGGCCAAUCUGGAAAGCUGCUUUGCUAAGAGCAAUUGAUAGAUUUCAUUUUGUGCGCUUUCCUUGUUCAAAACCAUGAAUCUUUAUAGCAGUGCUGAUUUCCACCUGCUUUCUUUUUUUUAACACAGGCUGGACCUCCUGGCAUCUUGGCCCUACUGGAUGAAGAAUGCUGGUUCCCCAAAGCUACUGAUAAAAGCUUUGUGGAAAAGGUGGUGCAGGAGCAAGGCACUCAUCCCAAGUUUCAGAAGCCAAAGCAGCUAAAAGACAAAGCUGAUUUCUGCAUUAUGCACUAUGCUGGCAAGGUGAGCCCUUGUAUUUGUAGUAGAAAGAAAAGCAAAGAGGUGCUACUGAACUGUGGACAAUUUAGGUCCUGCUGAUUUGAGGGUUUGUUUUAGGCUAGUGAAAGCUAUGUAGUGAUCAAGUUCCACAUUAGGAAAGGAAGCAGUGUGCUCCCAUAAAGGUCUACAGCUUUCCAUUUAAUGGCAAGGCACAUGAACUGUUGCGGAUCCAGCCUUUCCGUUCUUCUCCUUACAGUGGCAGAUUAAGCACUUGUUGACUAGCACUUCUGAGGUGCUCUGGAUAAUUCACAUUGGUGGUAUCCAACUAAGUCAUAGCUGGAAUAGACCCACUGAGAUCAGUAACUUAAGUUUGUCAUGACUUGAAGCCCAAUGACUUAUGUGAUCUACUCUGAGUUAAAUCAUACAAUAAACUAUAAUUAAGCUUCACCACUUAGUACAGUAUUUCUAGAAUCAUGUUCCAUUUCAAGAGUGUGGCAAUCAUAGUUUUGCCUCUUUUUCCUCAAUACUGAGGCAAGGUUAAUCUUUUGUAGCUAAUAUUAAUGAAUUAAUUUCUUCUCUAGGUUGACUACAAAGCUGAUGAGUGGCUGAUGAAGAACAUGGAUCCCCUUAAUGACAACAUUGCUACUCUGCUACACCAGUCCUCUGAUAAAUUUGUUUCUGAACUGUGGAAAGAUGGUAUGUAACCAGAUUUCUUGCAUAUUUUUCUUAGAGUGCUUAUCCAAUAUCUUCAAGCACUUUAUAUAUAGGGGCUUUCUACUCCCUUAAAAUGUCAGUGAUCAGUGUGAUCCAAAACUUGUGUAUGCUUUAUUCUGAAUACUAUCCUCCUCCUGUUGCUGAACUGAGGAGAGAUUGGAAAAGGGUCAAACUGUCAGGGGCAGGCAGCAUUCCAGAAUAACAUUCAAACCGAUGUUCCUUGUACUCUACCGCAUCCAAAUAUGGGAUGCAAUGAGAUGAAACCAAACAUUGCCUCUAAGGAUUUCUUUGCUUAUUCCAGUGCCAUUAGGUAUCUUGCACUCUGGAUUAUCUGCUUUGACUCUCACUGUUACUAUCUCUUUUCUUGGGUUUUUCUUUGACGUCUCUGUUGCAGAGAUGCAGAACGUUCAGAGAGCCUAUUUCUAUCAACACUUUCCUAUUCUUCAUCUAGAACCAGGUGACUGAGAAACCCCGGGUGUCGUGUCGUGUGUGAUUCCUUCUAGAGCCAUGCAAGAAAUGCUUCCAAUAAAUCUUAUCUGCCCCUUUGCCAUUCCUGCUUGUCUGUCUCAUUCAGUCCCUCUGCUUUUUUGCUAGUAGACCCUCUUGGGCUUGGAAAAUAACUGAUCUUGUUAACAAGGUGUGAUCACACAGGCACAGCAACACAAAAUACAUGGAUGGUACUGCUUUAGUGAUUCAUACAAAUAACUAUCUAAAAUUACUGUAUAAAUUAUUUUAUUGCUAGUGGUGCCAUAUGGAGUGAUGACCAUAUGUGGCUCUAAUCUGAAUAUUUUUGUGUAUGAGGAGCAGUAAUUAGGUUCUCCAGUGGCUAAAGUUAGAACUAUUACUGUUACUGAUCCAAAGGAUGCCGCUAAUCACCCUGGAUGAAGUUUCUGUUCAGAGAAAUUACAUAUUUUGCUGCCUCUGUGCAGAUUGCUGAUGUUUAGCCAUCAACUUUAAGAGAAGUUGCCAGUCAACUUUAUGAAUACUUUUCUUAAGAUUCCAUUCAGUAACACAACUUGUUUCUACAUCAGUCUUGACUCUACUGUUGUUGGGUUUUUUUGAGGGGGUUGAGGCAUCAUAAUUUUAAGCACAAGUACAUUAUCCCUUAGCAAUGAUCUUGUCUUUCAGUCUCUAAUGCAGUCCUCUUUUUUGACGUAUUAAAGGUCUUCCUUUGAGUCUUUUCUUAUUUUUUUUUAGGGGAGAAAGAGCUUUUGACAGCCACAUGCUCAUUGAGCUAUGUGAAGCAGUGACUGGCUUGAGUGCACAAUUCAGUUGUUUGGUGGAUUGCAUUUUUUAAAAACCUGAUCUAUCCCAUUAGGCUCAUUCUGAUGAUUAGAAUGACUAAUUUUGGUUGAACUAUCUUUUGUCCAUUGUUGUAAUAUUAAGAGAGGGGUUUAAUUAUCUUACAUAAUUUAUUUCUUUUAUGGCACAUGGCGAACUGGUAAAUAAAAGAAUUGAACAAAAGGCUUAGUUGCUUUUAGCACUGAGGGACAGUUGCUGUGGCAUGCUAAUACUAAACUGCCUCCUUGUGUCCAGUGAGACAAGUUGUUCCAGCUAAAACACACGCACAUUAUAACAUGGCACACUGGGCAGUGAUUUCAUAAAUUCUAUCAUUUAUGACCCAUGGGAUAUACCAGGGACAGACUCCUUAUCAGAGUGAGAAGGAGAAAUGAAUCUUGUUAAUAUAUUUAGCUUACAGAUGCUGUCUAGUACUAGAAAAUGGAUUUUUAAAUCACACCUGAUUCUCUACACCAGGUCUGAUCAAAUAUUUUAAAUUUUACAGCAGGAACCCUGUAAAAAAUUCCCAAGUGCAGUCUUGGUUUGACUGUUGACUGCUAUAACUUUGUCUUACAUAAUUCCAUUACUUGAAUUGGUUGCAUUCAUUGGAAAAUAUUGAGUCUGUAGGGGCUAGCUUUGUGAGAAGUGAUUUUCCUUUUUGGUUACAUCAAGCAUGAGAGAGAAUAUUUUGUCUAAAUCAAACCCAUUAUGCCAGUUCUACUUUACUCCUAGACCUUGGCAUAAAAUUGCAGUUUAAAAUCUCUCAGGCAUGAGAUGGAUCUUAGUUUUAAUAGUCGGCUGCUUUCUUCCCUCCUUGUUUUUGCCCAAUACAAAUGAUGAAUUGGUCCUCCACAUCUGUAGAGGAGUGAAGCAAAUGGAUCCUGCAAACUCCUUUUAUCCUUGUUGUAUCCAGAUAUGUUAGGCAUUCUCUCACCAAAGCUGUUUAGGGGAAAAUAUUAACAAUCUGGUGUCUUUCCUCUAGUUGAUCGCAUAGUUGGGCUGGAUCAGGUGGCUGGCAUGUCAGACACAGCAUUGCCUGGGGCCUUUAAGACCAGGAAGGGCAUGUUCCGAACAGUAGGACAGCUGUACAAGGAGCAACUGGCCAAGCUGAUGGCUACCCUGAGGAACACCAACCCCAACUUUGUCCGUUGCAUCAUCCCCAACCAUGAGAAGAAGGUAAUGCAUAUAAAAAGAAGCAGUGUACUAUAUUCACAUAUCAGAAGUGACUUGAAGAUUAAUAUAGAGUGCCACUCUUGCCUGUAUUAUUGACUUCAGGGGUAGGGGAUAAUGAGGAAAAAAGCAGCUGUAUCCCUACCUUUGUAUGUGGCUGCUUUAACUUGUCUUGGAAUUUUUCUUGUUGUUAAUCCUUUGCGAGAUAUGUUGUGUUUACUCACUAUAUGACUAUUAGAAGGCACCUUUUCAUUGCACUUGGAAAGAUCUUCGCAAACCUAAUGAGAAAUAAUGGCAUUUACUUAGUACUAAAAUAGUGAAGUAUUUAAUUAUGCCCCAACUUUCCAUUUUAAAGAACAUCCUUAGUGACUUGCAGUGAGAGUAGGGGUUGAGAAAUGAAACCCCCCCCAUAAAAAAAUACAGGAACAGUGUUUGUUGUUCACUGGCUGGCUUACAAUAAACGAAACAUACAGCCUGGAAUCCAACACUGCAUGUGUAGCCCUCUGCUUGCACAAUAGGACAAGACAACUUGCAACAUGGGGGAAAAAUAGCCGCAACAUAACGAAAGUAAUCGUAAUGAAUAAAUAAGAUUUCGAAAAUACACAACCAAACUAAACAAUUUCCACACAAACCUCAAGAUCUAAAAUCUACAAAAACCCAUCAGCAACAACCCACCGCCAAAUCAACAACACCCCAGCCCAAGAGUCUGUUAAGUCGCCUCAGCUUUUGUAGCUGGAGUUAUUCAAGGACCCAACCUCCCAGGCCAGAUGGGAAAAGGCCUGCAAGGCAGGGAUGUUGAAGCAUGAUUGAGACUAGGACUUCUCUUGGAGGGGUGCAAUAUAAGCUGCUAGAAAUGCUCCUGUUGACUACCACCAGGGGAUCCACAAGUAUCUGCACUCAUGUCCUAUAAUAAGAACCUGUCUUUUCUUCACAGGCUGGAAAACUGGAUCCACAUCUAGUUCUGGAUCAGCUUCGUUGCAAUGGAGUACUGGAGGGAAUCCGUAUCUGCAGGCAAGGCUUUCCCAACAGAGUUGUCUUCCAGGAGUUCAGACAAAGGUAAAACUGAGGCAUUGGCUUUAAUCUGCAUGGUAUUGAAUGCAUUGUGUGAAGUGCUCGUAGAUUGUCAGAGGUCUCUGCAUGUAGUUUGUAAAGAAAAUUGUCUUGCCAGUUAGCAGUCUAUUCUUCAUAGGCGGCCUUUUAAAGCCCCUGGUCAGCCUCAAGUAGUGUCAGAGGCCCACUCAGUAGUUAUAUGGUGUUAGCAGGCCAGGGUCUUGCUUCCAGGACCACUUUCACAACUCUCUUUAUCUGUGUUAUCAGUAAUACCCCAAAGAGAUCUUCAGUUGCAUUCCUGCUAAGUGUGUUGAGACUUGACUGGGUACCCUUCUUGACAAUAGUGGUUGUUACAUUGAGUUUACAUGUACUUCAUAAAAAAAUUAGCCAAAUACUCAUACAAAUAUGAGCUAGUGAUAUAAUGGUACCAUCUUCCCUUUUAGAUAUGAGAUCCUGACUCCAAAUGCCAUUCCCAAAGGGUUCAUGGAUGGAAAGCAAGCCUGUGUUCUGAUGGUAAGUCCUCUGCUCCUGUGGCUGAUAAUGUAAGAAGGGAUUAGGGGAGCAAUAUACAAUCCAUUAGGUAGACGUUUCAAUAAUUCAUAUUUAGUGUUCUUAUGAAAAGUGUGCUUCUAUUGAUGACCUGCUGGACCUUGGCUUAUCACUAAUGAAUCAUUACUAUGGAGCAGUGUUCUUAAGUUGUUGCAGUUUCAAGAUGGAACUGGCAUGCAUCUGAAUUCCACAUUACCUCCUGAUGGGUUUUUCAUUCAUGAGAAGGAGUAUGUUUCAGGGCAUGCUCUUCAACAAUCACUGGUGACAGCAGCUCCUAAACCACAUGCAUUUUAAAGAUGCACUUACAGUGCAAUCUUAACCAUGUCCUGUCAGGAGCAAGUCCUGUUGAAUUACAUGGGCAUUACUCCCUGGUAGUAGGAAUUAGGAUUACAGCCUUGGAUUAGCAGGAAAGCUCAGGUCUCUUUUAUUUUCUUCAGUGGCAUUAAGUCACCAUGGAACAGUAUAUGUGUGAAGAAAUACACCCCAAUGCAUUCGCUUCAUUAAUCAAGAAUAAAUAUUUUCUUCUCAUUGCCAUUUAGAUCAAAGCCUUGGAGCUGGAUCCAAACCUUUACCGAAUUGGACAGAGCAAAGUGUUUUUCCGAGCAGGUGUCCUUGCCCACCUUGAAGAAGAAAGAGAUCUGAAAAUCACAGAUGUCAUUAUUGGGUUCCAAGCGUGUUGUAGAGGCUACUUGGCUAGAAAGUAUGUUGAAAGUAAUGUAUAAUCUUUCUUGUUAGCUAACAUCUGCAUCCAGUUGGCAAUAAAUUACUGGCAUUCUGAAUUCUAGAUAACUUUGAAAAAACACUGUUUGGCCUUGGCUUAUGAUUUUCUAACAAUUCAGGAAAGCUUGAGAGAUUACUUCCAAGGUACACACAAGAUGGAAUAUCUAAAUUCCAGGAUGCUGAGCUUUCUGAAGUUCCCUCUUUACUGUAAAGCUUACAUUUGAAUCAAAGUAAAAUGUUACCACACUCUUAAGAAUGAAUAGGCUCUGGAACUUGCAUCACAAUUUGUACAAAUACAAGAAUAAAGCAUCAAAAUUAUAUUAUGGAAAAGUGCUGGUGGCAUUUGUUCCACUAUGUGGUAUGAACCCAGUAGGAUAGAACUAGAUUGAAAUGGGAAAUACGGAGUGACUGGUGAUUGAGUCAUCCCCCCCCCCCCCCCAAAAAAAAAUGUUCACACAAAUAGUGGUAAAAGACAAACAAAAGAAAGCAAACAUAACGUUUGAAUGGGAAAGGCAUGAUAUAGUGGGGAAAGCAAAUGAAAUAUUUUAAUGUGGCUUUGUAAGUAAGGUAUCUAGCUUUCAUCUGACCCUCUGCUUUCCCCACCUCUUCCCAUUACAGGGCUUUUGCCAAGCGCCAGCAGCAACUAACCGCAAUGAAGGUACUCCAGAGGAAUUGUGCUGCCUACUUGAAGCUUCGCAACUGGCAAUGGUGGAGGCUGUUUACAAAGGUACUAAUCGGAGGAAGGAUUCAGUGAUAGGAAGUUAGGCUUCAGAGCCAAACAAGAGCAUGUCAUCCUCUCCCUUAAAGGCACUAUCUCCGGUUCCAUGUCCUGUGUUGCAUACUUAGGAUUGGCCCUCCUUCCAAUGGACUUUGUUGGCCAUUAGGAGGGACACCAGGGCUCUGAAACUCUGUGCAAGACAAAGCAAGUGUUCUGCAGCUGGCUGAUAAGCGUGGGUAACUUGUGCUCCAAUUGAUUCCCUGCAGGUGAAGCCUUUGCUGCAAGUGAGCAGGCAGGAGGAGGAGAUGCUGGCCAAAGAAGAAGAGUUGGUCAAAGUCAAGGAAAGGCAGCUGGCUGCAGAAAACAGAGUGUCUGAAAUGGAAAAUCUCCAGUCACAGGUGAAUAGAUGGUUGUCCUUCAUAAAAGUGGCCGAUCAGCUCCUUUGUUACAUAUAUGUGCUUGAAAGUCAUGUCAUCAUAGCUGAUCUUGAAUAGUGUUUUGUAAGUGAAUGGUUCUUUGAAGCACACUGCACAUUGGGGGCACAAGCUAAAGAGCUUGGGCACAGGCCCAUGGCAGAAUGCAUAUAUGCUAAUUUAUAUGUAUAGCUGCCUCUGGACAAAUUAUAAUAGUGGGUGGCUUAAGGUCUCACCAGCAUUGUGCUGUAAGCAAAGUUGUUAUUAUUUUUUAAUAAGUUUAAAGAAUGGGGUGGAAGGGGGCAGGAAAUACAGGCCCUGGCACACAAAAUGGGCCUUGGACCCUCUGGGCCAUCCUGCUAACAAUGUACAAAGGUGUAAUCAGGUUUGAAUCUGAACUUCAUGUCUGAUAGAGAAGGAAUUGUAUAAAGCUUUUAAUUCAAAAUGUAGUGUAGUGUAAUAUCCUGCAGACUUCCACUUCUUUUUCAAUGCACCAUUGUGUGAAUAAAAUCCAGCAGGUUUUUAAAAAAUAGCUGAUAACAGAAGCCUCAGAUUGACUUAAGAGAUGUGUUUGUUUUGUGCAGCUCAUGUCAGAAAAGAUGCAGCUGCAAGAACAGUUGCAAGCAGAAAUUGAACUCUGUGCUGAGGCUGAAGAGAUCAGAGCUCGCCUGCAAACAAAGAAACAGGAGCUAGAGGAGAUCUGUCAUGACUUGGAGGCAAGAGUGGAGGAAGAGGAGGAGCGGUGCCAGCAUCUGCAAGCUGAGAAAAAGAAAAUGCAGCAGAACAUUCAGGUAAUGGGCUAUAAUUUAACACUCAGCAGCUGUUACAAUCUUUGGUACAUAGUGGCGUCUCAGUAGGAAGUGUAGAAAAUGAUGCUGCUUCAGGUAAACCCUGGGACCAUGUUUGCUUGCUCAUCUCAUGACUAGCUGUUGAUAUGCAUAGACCAAUGUAUGGCCUCGUGACCAUUUUAAAAGUAUGGUAAGCGGUCCAAUGUUUAUCUAGCUAAUAAAUGCAUAUAUUCUCUUGUUCCUUGUACAGGAACUUGAAGAGCAAUUGGAGGAAGAGGAAAGUGCCAGACAAAAGUUACAGCUGGAGAAAGUGACCACUGAAGCAAAAUUGAAGAAGCUGGAGGAAGAUCUGAUAGUUUUUGAAGAUCAGAACUGCAAACUGGCCAAGGUAAAGCAGAAACAGAGCUCCCAUGUAGUGGGAUGAUAGGAGGAAGGAAAUAUAGACAGCAUCCAUGAGAACUGAGGUGCUCUUGUUAUUGGCUUUCUUUGGCAUGUUGGUGCCACCUGACAGAGAUUACUAAAGAUAUACUUUGCAUGAAGGAGCUGAUAUUCUAUCCACGUGCAAUUUCAUUGGCCUACUGGACAGAUACCAUCUUCAUAUCACUUUUCUGAAAGAGUUCAUGCAACCUGGGAUUUCCCCUCACCCCUGGCACUCCCAGCUUCAUCUAGAGUUGCAGCCGAGUUUUCGUGAGCAAGCUAUUAGGAAAUCAUAGCUGUGUCCAAAUCGGAAUGUUCUAAUUUGGAUAGAAAAUAACAUAUUGUUGUACUGGUUCCAGUAAAAGGAUUUUUUAAUUUUAGCAAGUCUGUUCUAGAAGAACCCUGUCAAAGGACUGGAAGAGUCUAAGUACUAUUUUAAUUCAGCCCCUGUGCUGAACAGCAGGACCACCCACACACCAGCCCUUUGCAAAUUAAUCAGAUUUUUUGCUGCAGUUUGCAUGAGCCCAGGAAUACAUAGAAUAAUGUCUGAAUAACUGUACCUUGGUUGAAAAAGCAAGGCAGAACUACUUAGUAGAAAAAAAUGGAUCAACAUUAAUGGUUGAAAAGUACUCACAAUUCCUUUAAAACUAGAGAGCAUAUAAGGAGUUGCCUCUUCCCCCAACCAGGGCAUAGUUGUCUAAUCUUUGAAAAUGGCCCAAUUUGCACUCUUUAGUUUUCUUUUCAUACCUACCUUAAGUAAUGUUUUCUCUUGGUUUGCUGGAGUGAAAUUAACCUUAACAUUGGUGUGGCUAUAAUGCUAAGGGUUAUGAUCUUUUUCCUCCAUUCACGAGCGGGAAGGAAAGAAAUUAGAAAAGGGGUGAUCAUGGCAAACCCAGAUCUAUUUUUGAACAAAACAAAUUUUAAAAACUAGAAUCUGCUUAUUACACUAGUAUGGCCUCACCAUAUGGCACCCUUGAGGUCUUCCUUUGGUGUCCAUGAAACCUCUUGCUACCCUGCUUUCACUCGACCCUUGGUAAUGAGGUGGUGAGGAUGGUUACAUUUUGUCCUGUGAAAAGUACAUAGAGGAAGUAGGGGAAAGCAUCACUCUUCCAACAUAAUACUUCAUUUCUAAGUGCUUUUCAAGACUCAUUUAUUUUACCCAGCAAAUAUGUAUGUACGUGCUUUCUGUCCCAUGCCCUGUUGGGGGGGGGGAAGAGGAGAGACCUGGGGAAGCAGAGACACCAUGAGCAGCAUAUAAAUCUUUAUCAUAUAGUCAAGAGGUAUCUAGUAAUCUUCCUGGGGAAGUAGGUGGGCCAAACAGUUGAGCUCUCUUAAAAGUUCAUUCUUGUGGCUGUUAGAGCAGUACAGGAUUCCUGAUCCAAACAAGCUGUAUCUCUGUUCAAGCCUUCAUUACAGUAGGUACCACACACAUGGAGGAGUCAGUGGGAAUGGCCAAGACUAGCCCUGCUCCUUCAACACUACCCCAGGCUCAUGAGUACUGAAUGCCUAAAUAGAACACAAACUACAUUGCAGCACUCCAGUGCUGAGUGAGAAUUGGGCUAUCAAAUGCCCACUUGCUUCUGAGAGAACAUUAGGCUGUUUGCAUCAAAACUAAACACUGCUGUCUUUUAAUAAAAUGUGGAGCCUGUUUCUUCAAUACAACUCAUACCUUGUUUCCUCCAGGAAAAGAAAUUACUGGAAGAAAGGAUUGCAGAAUUCACCAGUAACUUAACUGAGGAAGAGGAGAAGUCAAAGAGUUUAGCUAAACUCAAGAACAAGCACGAGACUAUGAUUACAGAGCUGGAAGGUAGGGAAGGGCCUAAGUGUGUGGCUUUAAUCAGCUUUUCCCCCAUCAGCAUCUCUCUCUGCACAGCGUGUUGUACAUUUCUGACCAUGUUGGCUUUUAAUGUGUUAAUACCACUGGGUUUGUAGGACAGGUAUUGAUCAGUUUAAUAGAACCAUUCAGUGUAUGGAUGGCUGAAGGUUACACACUGCCAGCUUAGCUUUAGUUUGAACAAAAACAAACCUCUAAAACAGACCAAUGGAGAAGAGCAGCUGGUUCCAUUUCGCCUCCUGCUGUGGGAAUAUUUCUGCUCUUGUGUAUUCGGUGAUACCGGAAUACUGGGGUUUGUGCUGCUUCUACUACUGACUUUAAAAGAUAACUUUGUGGCAUUGCUAAUAAAGCUGGCAUAAAUGUCGUUGCUUAAUUUGACUUUAAAAAAAAAAAAAAAGACUGAGGGCAUUUUCAGCAUUGUGCUCAAAAUGCCUGUGGUGGUUUUCCACAGCUGGAAAUAGUACUGUCUGCCUUAACUGGACAGUCUUAUGGGGGGGAUUGAAUGAACACUGAGGAGUUUGAAGGGCAAUACCGUCAAACUCACUCUUUGACAUGGGUACCUGAACUGGGAGCUGUUACUGUGGCCCAUAAUUGUUGACAUGUUUGGAUGCAGGUUCUGGCACUCUGGCUCUUCGCAUGAAGUAUUGCUUAGGGCUAUAAGAGCCAAGAUGAACCACUGACCCAGCUCUAUUCUCUCCAUCAGAACGGUUGCGCCGAGAAGAAAAGCAACGGCAAGAGUUGGAGAAGACCCGUAGGAAGCUAGAGGGAGACUCUACAGAUCUUCAUGACCAAAUAGCUGAACUUCAGGCUCAAAUAGCAGAGCUCAAAAUGCAGCUGGCAAAAAAAGAGGAAGAGCUGCAAGCAGCUUUAGCUAGGUAAGGCCUUGGUCACGGAAUUAAAUGUCUAACUGGAAAUAGGAAAAUCAAUAAAUUUUCCUUUGUGUUCUUUUAGCUAGAAUCCUGAGAUCGUUUUAGAACGAAUGGCCUCAGUUUAAGUGUCUAAGACUUGUAGCUGGUAAUCCUGUUUCAUGCAACUGUAAAUGUUGUGUUGGUAGGAAAUUAAUUUUUAAAUGGGAUCUGUUGCAGAAAUUACUGGUCUACAUGGCUGAAUAAGAUCAGGAGGCAGCAAUAAAGUAAAUAGUUGGCUUGUGCUGUGGACCAUAGAAGUUCUGUGCCAUAAAUUAAGCUGUAGUCUCCCACUUCAACCUCUCCAACUUACUAUUGACCUUCUAUUUUGUGUUGGAGGUUGAAACGAAGCAUUUCUAGUACAAGCCAACUAUGGCUAUAACAAGGCCAGAGCAUUGGUGUGUUGUCCGGUUAGCAUUCAACACUAACUUCUGUUGCAGUGCAUCCCUACCUAACCUGUUUCUGCAUUUGCUGGGACUUACUUGCAACUUAAGUGUGUAGAAUCGCAGCGUUAGUAAUGUUGCUGUAGAUAAGAUGGCUGUUUAUGGUCAUUGAAGCAGAAAUCAUUGGUGUAGUAUGUCUCUGUCUUGUGUAGGGUGGAAGAGGAGGCUGCUCAGAAGAACAUGGCUCUGAAGAAGAUCCGUGAACUGGAGUCUCAGAUAACAGAGUUGCAGGAAGACCUGGAGUCUGAGCGGGCUGCCAGGAACAAAGCAGAGAAACAGAAGCGGGAUCUUGGUGAGGAGCUUGAGGCUCUCAAGACAGAACUAGAGGACACACUGGACUCGACUGCAGCACAGCAGGAACUCAGGUAAUUGCAACAUUUGUUGUUUGAUACUGCUCAGACCAAUUCCACCUCUUCAAAAUAUAGAGGGGAAUAGUGGGUUCAGCAGGCUUUACACUUCCAGUAGAACUUGUUCCAAAACUUAUUCUUCCUAUGCCAUGUUGUUCCUUUCAAUUUGUACUUUAGUAGCUCCACAAAUAAGUGCCAAGCUUCCAACUGCACCCUUGGAACACGUAUUGCACUGCAUUCUCAACUACUAUCUAAUAGAAAUAUAUCUGGCUUUUUAAAAGGUCAAAACGUGAACAAGAAGUGACUAUUCUAAAGAAGACUCUGGAUGAUGAGGCAAAGACCCAUGAGGCACAGAUUCAGGAGAUGAGGCAGAAACACGCCCAGGCUGUGGAAGAACUGGCAGAGCAGUUGGAGCAGACUAAACGGGUGUGUGAGAUGUUGAAAAGUUUUUAGUGUGCAACGUAUUGUGCUUUUACUAUUUUUUGUUGGGAGCUGCCCAGAGAUUUUUCCAUUUUCCCAAGUGUGUAAAGCUGAAAGCACUCAAAUUAAAUGCGCAUAAGUCGCUAGUUACCUGUAAUUUGAGAGAACAAUGUUGCUAAAUUGUGCAUAUUCUUGCUUACCACCAAUUUUUAUGAAAACAUUAGUAUUAACUACCUAGAAUCUUUUUAGUUUCCUUUAUUGCCAUGAACAUCCUGCCUAAGUGAGGAUGAAGCUUUAAUUCAUAGCAUCACCUGUACAGCUAUGGAAACCUGCAGAUUUAUUGUUCAAAUAGUGUUUGGGAUGCCGAGCCCAAAUUGCAAAUCUGUCUUUUGCAUCAGGACCACUAUUUGGAAUAACGGGCUAUGAAUUUGUUAGUGAAAUCCAAUUUUCUGCAAAGACCACAGUAAAGCUUUCUGUUGCCGUCUCCUUCAGGUGAAAGUGAACCUUGAAAAGGCAAAGCAGGCACUAGAGAGUGAACGUGCUGAGCUGUCUAACGAGGUGAAAGUUCUUCUUCAAGCCAAAGGAGACUCUGAGCACAAGAGGAAGAGGGGUGAAACUCAACUUCAAGAGCUACAAGUGAAAUUCACAGAGGGGGAGAGAGUACGAACUGAGCUGGCUGAGAGAGUUAACAAAUUGCAGGUGAGCUUCCUGUGUUGGUUCCCUUUGCCCUCCUAUUCAUUGUGUUCUGGUUUUUAGCACAGAAUUUAGAGGGAGAAGUGGGGAGAAUUGGGUUGGGGCUGCAGUGCUGCUUUACUCCUCCUGAGGUUUUGACUCUUAGCUGUUCUAACAUGAUCCGUAUUUAUGUUGUUACUUUUCAGCCCCAGUAACUUGCAUUAAACAAAAAGCUCGUUUGGAGAUAAUGUGAAUUAGUCCACUACCCCUUGAUUAACUUUACACCAACUAGGGGACAAUAAGCCGAUAGCUGAAGUGGUGGGUGGUAGUUCUGGUGGGCAUCAGGUGCCUAAAACCCCUGUUGUUUAGCCUUAACUAGUAUGGAGUGAUUUAUGAUGAUGCUGCAGUUUCUCUCCUGCUCAACAGAGGGGAAAAUUGAUAGUAAAUGGAAACUCUUUAUUAAUGGGAUUGGUUCGACUUUUCUUCUAAUUUUUCAGGUUGAGUUGGACAAUGUCACUGGUCUUCUGAAUCAAUCUGACAGCAAGUCAAUUAAACUGGCCAAAGAUUUCUCUACGCUGGAGUCUCAGCUACAGGACACACAGGUGAGGCUUUCAAGUGCUACAGAAAUAGGUGAAAAAUCAAUUAGCUACACCAAAAUGCGGCAGGGACGCAGUUGGCGCUGUGGUCUAAACCACAGAGCCUAGGGCUUGCCAAUCAGAAGGUUGGCGGUUCAAAUCCCCGUGACGGUCCCAGCUCCUGCCCACCUAGCAGUUCGAAAGCAUGUCAAAGUGCAAGUAGAUAAAUAGGUACUGCUCCAGUGGGAAGGUAAACAGUGUUUCUGUGCGCUGCUCUGGUUCACCAGAAGCAGCUUAUUCAUGCUGGCCACAUGAUUUGGAAGCUGUCUGCAGACAAACACCGGCUCCCUUGGCCUAUAGAACGAGAUGAGCGCGCAACCCGAGUCGUCCGCGACUGGAUCUAAUGGUCGGGGUACCUUUUCCUUUAUCUUUACUCCAAAAUGCAAACCUAAUAUAUAAACCUGAUUAAUCAUGACAGAUCUGUUAGACUGACAGAAAAAUACAGACUGCAGAACAGCGGAUGAGGUCCCCACAAAUAGUGGUUGAUAUUUGUAACCAAAAUAUGUGACCACCAGAAUCUUCUUCCUUCCCUAAUGGGGAUAUAUCUGUCACAUUGAGCUAUAGAGUUGCUCUGAACAACUUCAGGCUUGGGAGGAGGCCUGUGGUCCCUCAAGGUCCAUGUUUUGGAAGCACAGUGCAACUGGAUGAGCCCCAACCCUCCUUCCAAGCUUGGAGCAGGGAAUUGUACUUGCAAUCAGGCUACAUUUUGACGUGUUCUGAGAACAUCAGACGCACAGGAGAACUGCAGUCAUGAUCCCCUCUUCACCGUUCCAAGCUCAGGAACAGAUUUUAGGGUUAACCAUGCUUGUCAGAUUCAGAGUAGUGGUGGUGCAGGUUUCUGCAUAUAAUCUAUAAUCUCUGAGGAGUUUGGCAAUACUUUAUAUUAAGAGUAGUUAACUUUAGCUUCUUUUUGUAGCUAUAGUUGCUACACAGAUCAAAGUCUAGAGCAAUUUAGAUAUACCAGUGUUCAUAAUCUCCUUAUAACAGCUUGUCUGUCAUGCUCCUCCCCUCCAAAUGCCUUGUGCGGCUACUGGAAUGUGGGCUUCAACUGGCAAUUCAUCCCAAGGGCCACAUAACUUUUUGGGGGUAUCUCCACUAGUCUACUAAACUACAUUUUGUGGGUCACUCCAACUGAUUUCUGGGGACAAAUCAGCUUGCUCAGUGGUAUUGAGCCAUUGCUUAAGGUUCUCUCUGCUUCAGAUGUGAUAUAUAUUUGGAAAAUUUUACUGGACUUUUCAUCAUAAGAGACCAAAUGUUUGUUGUGGUGGCUCUUGCAGGAGUUACUUCAGGAGGAAACUCGUCAGAAGCUGAGCCUCAGUACUAAGCUGAAACAGAUGGAAGAUGAGAAGAACAGCUUCAAAGAGCAACUAGAGGAAGAGGAGGAGGCAAAGAAGAACUUGGAAAAACAGAUUUCUGUCCUUCAGCUUCAGGUACUCUAGAAGACAUGAGGAAAGAAUGUCCAAAUGUAGCUUACAAGGCAGUAGUAUGCCUUUUGAAUGGCAUGCUGGAUUCUGCAUGGGAAAUAUGAAUUUGGUAGCCAAAACAAGCUCUUUUGAAAGUUGUUUUGUCUAAUUAAAUAGGAACUGUCUUUCUGAUGUCUGAUAGAUGUGUCCUAGAAAUAGUCUAACCCUGGGAAAUAUUCCUGGAAUUCAGUGGUCACAUCCCACUGUUGCAUCUUAGUCAGCAAGUGAUGAUGCUUUUGCUUUGGCAAGUCUCACCGUGGAACACUCUCCCUAAAGAUAGUUCAUACCUUCAAAAAAAAUUAUAGGUUUCUUUUUAGUGACCCACUGUUACUUGUAAGUUGCAAAAUGGUGUUCAAUCCCACAUCUUUUCUUUGCUUCCUUAAAAAAUUAAUUAUUCCUUUUCCCCACCCGCUUGCUUCUGUCACAUAGAUUGCAGAAAUGAAGAAGAAAAUGGAUGAUAGUGUGGUUUGUCUGGAGUCAGUGGAAGAAGCAAAGAAGAAGCUUCUGAAAGAUUUGGAGGCCAUGACCCAACGCUAUGAGGAAAAGGCAGCUGCCUAUGACAAGCUGGAAAAGACAAAGACCAGGCUUCAGCAGGAGCUGGAUGAUAUUUCUGUGGAUUUGGAUCAUCAGCGGCAGAUAGUCUCCAACCUGGAGAAAAAACAGAAGAAGUUUGAUCAGGUACACUUAGUUAUAACUUUCAACAGUGUCCUUCUCCUUCACUAGGAUAGAUUCUGGUGAAAAGGAGAAAGAAAAGUGUCAUAUUUUAGAUGCACAUUUUUUGUCCCAUAGAUGAAGGGCAAUUGUGAACAGUUGUAAGCAGAUAUCAACUCUCCUCACUCUAGUUCCUGAAUUUGACUUUUAACCGGUAAUAGUCCCGAAUAAUAUCUGUCUGUUUUAGCUGGUUUUUAAGUGGAAGCUGACAAGUGCAUUUGGCUUUAAUCCUGGCACAUAUCUAGAAUUGGUGGCUAAGUUUGGUACCCAGGUGAUCUAUCCUUGGUUGUCAAGCCAUUACAGAUGGAACAAGUGGGGAUAGCAAACCUUUCCUUUGGAAAUCUCACAGUGCCAUUGAUUUCCCUUUUUCCAGCUUUUGGCAGAAGAGAAAACCAUCUCUGCAAAAUAUGCUGAAGAGCGGGAUCGUGCUGAGGCAGAAGCUCGUGAGAAGGAAACGAAAGCUCUUUCCUUGGCCAGAGCACUUGAGGAAGCAAUUGAACAGAAAGCAGAGCUAGAGCGACUCAAUAAGCAGUUCCGGACAGAGAUGGAGGAUCUGAUGAGUUCAAAGGAUGAUGUUGGCAAGAGUGUAAGUUGAUGGCAUUCCUGUACAGCAGGCUGGGGUAAUAAGGAUGUUGGCUAAGACAUGUCCUAGGCAAGAAGAGGGCUUGCUAAAAGUGGCUUAUUUUUCACUUGCAAUAAGACAUGAAAGCUAAUGAGUUGGGUGCUAGCAGCAUGCAAUCUUUUGUAAUGCCUAGGAAAGCAACAAUGUCACCAUUGACUUUUUCAGUUCAUUAUGCACAAAGUGCCGAAUUAUUACCCAGUAUGAAGGCACAUAAACUAAUAAAGCCUUUUUGCACAGGGAGAUCAUACAGGCUUUGAAAAGCUUUAGUAUCUUGCAUUUCUAAGUUACUCAAUGCAUCUUCAUUUCUAGAAGGAUAAAGUUGUUGUCAGAUUUCAGUGGAACUGUGCCAGUAUUUUGUGCAAUAUUGCCUAGCUGCUUUAUCAUAAACCCCUUCGGCCUACUCACCAAAGGGUGUUAGGAAACAAAGCUUGGAUAUGUGCAUAUUCAAGUGAGCGGAGAUAAAGAGGCAGAAUUCUGCGCAGUUCAGAGUCUGAUAAUAACCCUUAGCAAAAGGGACUUGGGAUUUUCAAAGAUGGGUGGAAAGUUGGCAAUAAAGUGACUGUUUGCCUUUAUCCCCCACAUUCUGGUCAUUUUUAAAAAUGAUUCACUACCAUUUUUAAAUACUUAAAUACUUCUAUUGAUUUAUUAAAUAAAUUGUUUUUAAAACAAAAGACAAAGAGGUGGGGACAGAAGGGGAAAGGACCAAGCAAGAGGCAUAUUAGGAUAUAGCAGUAACUUUGCCUUUAUGCGCACAGAAAUAUUGUAGGUCGCUAGACAUGUCAAUUUUUGUUCAUUUUCUUAAAACCUAUAAAUGUACCAGGCAGCAAAAGCAGAGCUGUGUCAGUCUGGCAGAAACUGAUUUUAUGUGUGUGCUGUAGGUCCAUGAGUUGGAGAAGUCCAAACGAGCUCUGGAGCAGCAGGUGGAGGAGAUGAAGACUCAGCUGGAAGAGCUGGAGGAUGAGCUACAGGCCACAGAAGAUGCCAAGCUGCGCCUGGAAGUGAACCAGCAAGCCAUGAAGGCACAGUUUGAUCGGGAUCUCCAGGCCCGUGAUGAGCAGAAUGAAGAAAAGAGAAAGCAGCUUACAAGACAGGUAACAUUCCAGAAAGCACAGCAGGCUUACAACCCCUUCCGGCUUCAUUUGCUUCAGGGAGGAGGGAAGAGGCCUGUUCAUGGCUAAACUGCCGGUGCUUUGACCCCACUUUCAGGUGCGAGAGAUGGAAGCAGAGCUGGAAGAUGAACGGAAGCAGCGCUCCAUUGCUGUGGCUGCCAGAAAGAAACUGGAAAUGGAUCUAAAAGAUCUGGAGGCCCACAUAGACUCUGCCAACAAGAAUCGCGAGGAAGCCAUCAAACAACUCAGGAAGUUGCAGGUGAGGGUCUACAUUCCAUUGUUACUGACUGGCUUCUCCUUACAGUGAGAUGAGAUGGGGAAAGUGAAUCAAUUACUGUGGUAACAGAACAGAUUUAUCACUUAGUUGCCAGUUGCUGCUUUUUGAUCAAGAAGACUUAUGAAGAUAGUUGCUUACAUCUUCAAUUAGGAUUUUAUCAUUUCUUACAAAAUAAGUUUUCUUUUGGGUAUAUCAUUGGUAGACAGGGUGCUUUGUGUCCCAGGUUCCAUCCCUGGCACAUCUAGCUAAAUAGAAUCUUGGGUAGCCAGGCCGGGAAAGAAUAUUUGCCUAAGACCUUAGAGCAUGGCUAGGCAAACUAAGGCCCGGGGGCCAGAUCCAGCCCAAUCGCAUUCUAAAUCUGGCCUGAGGACGGUCCGGGAAUCAGCAUGUUUUUACAUGAGUAGAAUGUGUCCUUUUAUUUAAAAUGCGUCUCUGGGUUAUUUGUGGGGCCUGCCUGGUGUUUUUACAUGAGUAGAAUGUGUGCUUUUAUUUAAAAGGCAUCUCUGGGUUAUUUGUGGGGCAUAGGAAUUCGUUCAUUAUUUUUUUUCAAAAUAUAGUCUGGCCCCCCACAAGAUCUGAGGGACAGUGGACUGGCCCCCUGCUGAAAAAGUUUGCUGACCCCUGCCUUAGAGAUCCACAAAAGGUUGGAAUAGACUUUACUUGGCCAAGUGGGCUGAUUUGGUAUGUUUGGUUUUUAGGCCCAAAUGAAGGACUACAUGCGGGAGCUGGAUGACACACGUGCCUCUAGAGAAGAAAUUUUGGUACAAGCAAAAGAGAACGAAAAGAAAUUGAAGAGCAUGGAAGCCGAGAUGAUUCAAAUGCAGGAGGUAAUCUAAAUCCAGAAAAUGCUAAUACACAACUGAGUUUUUGCCCAAAGCAGGCCUUUCGGUAUGAGAGGGAAGAGGUUGACUUCAGAGAAAAGGGAGUGGGUGAGCCCCUGGAAAUCAAUACCUUCACUGCAUAUCCAAAACCUUCCACGAUUAUUGUUGUUUUGGUUAAUGUGGAUCAGAUCAGCUGCUGGAUUUGCAGCUAGGGGUGUAUUUCAGGUAUUUCCUUCAUGCACUUAACAGACUACUUUUUCUUGGUUUCGGGCCAGUUUAAUAGUCUCCUUCCCCUUCCUCCCAAUUUCCAGUUCAUUCUCUCAAGCAUAAUUUCAGCAGUUUGAUACACUGACUAUUUAAACAAUAUCAACCUUCAUUCGAUGCACUUUGUAGCAUCACAAACUACCUUGAUGGAUCACUAGCCAUUUAUUAUGACACUCAAGAGUGCUGUGCCCCAGAUUCACAAUGUCACUCUGACUCUGAGUGAGGCAAAGCUUCCUGUUCUUGAUGAGCAUUCUCCUGGCUCGUAGGUUAUAACUGGCUUCCAGAUACUCCUCAUGUGCUUCAUGUAAUAUAACAUCUCCUAUUUGGCAAUAAGUUGUUUUUGACCCUUAGUCCAUGUACAUCUUGUUCUGAUUUCAGGAACUUGCAGCUGCCGAGCGUGCCAAGCGCCAGGCUCAGCAAGAGCGGGAUGAGCUGGCUGAUGAGAUUGCCAAUAGUAGUGGCAAAGGGUGAGUCAUGGCACUUUUCCCCUUCAGGGACAAGGAAUGUUGUGGGAGUUGGCUCGUGGAAAGGGUGCCCUGUAAUGUCUUAUUGUCUUAACUGGUGUGCUGAGAAUGGCUUACAAAUGUUGAAUAUUUCUAUGGUCAUUACUACUGAGCAUCCUUCACGAAAGGGCACUAUGUUUAUUAUCCCAUUGUGUGUUUUCUUCUCAGAGCUCUGGCCUUGGAGGAAAAGCGACGCUUGGAGGCUCGAAUAGCUCAGCUGGAGGAAGAACUAGAAGAAGAGCAGAGCAAUACAGAGUUGGUGAAUGACCGCCUUAAGAAAGCAAAUCUUCAGGUACAUGCUUAAAGGCACCGUGAGGUGGAGGGCUUCAGCUGGUGGAUUCCCAGCCAUAAUUCAUCCAAAUUACUGUGUAUCACUUUCAUUUGUGCUGCAGCGUGUUAUCAGAGCCUUGAUGCUUUUGGAGCAUUAUUCCCACUUUGGGUUCAAAUCCCAGACAAACCUCUUUGAUGAGAGCACGUGCUUUACAUUUAUGUAGUCCUAUAUUUAAUAUCUGGUUAGGACCUUAAAUAUCAGUUUAGACUAAUCCCAAUCCUGUGGUCUUGUCAGUGAGAGUCAGGACAGAUAGUACCAGGUUUGAUAAGCCAAUAGGAUGGUGAGUGAAGAAGCACAUAGAGAAGCACAGUAUAUUGAAUCAUAGUGUGAUGCUAUUCCUUUCAACUCAGCUGAUGCUUUACAUUGACAGGUUGGGGAAUUUGAUCCAGCUAGUGGGUUGGAUCUCCCCCCCCCCCCCCGCUUGCAGACACACCUUGACAAGUGGGCAGGCCCACACCACUGCCGAUCACCUGACAACAUUAUGCCAUCAUGUGGCAACUUGGAAGGCAUUCUCCUUUUAAGCCCAUUGCAAGCCAUUGCAAACCACCUGCAAAAAGUGAUGGCAGCCACACCUUUAUCAGCCUUUGUUGUUUAUUUUAAAGUUAUUGUGACUUUUUAAUAUUGUAUCAGAUUGUUACUAUUAAUGUUUGAUUUUUAUUAUUUUUAUGUGUGUUAGAAGCUGCCCAGAUGUUGUAUUAUUAUUAUUAUUAAAUGUCAUAUGUUAUGUCAGAGGUGUCAUGUGAGCAUGGAUGUCAUGCCUAAUUAGGUCCAUGAGCCAGUUUCCCCACUCCUGACCAAGAAAUUUGCUGCCUAUUCCUAUUAUACCAGAAGGUGAGCAUUGACUACUUGGUGUAGGCUGCUUACAAGAAUGAAAUAUGCCUGCUUGUUAAAAGGAAAGGUAGAUUAAUGAAUGUAAUAUUAUUUCUAAAAACUAGACAUUGUGAAGUUAUUAAGGUUGAGAACAAGCCUUGUCUACAGAAUUACAUUUUGAAUGCCAAGAUUAUAGAGCAAAGGAAACAAAUAGAAGAUGGAAAGCGAGGCAGAGAUUAGAUAUGAAAACUUCAGGAGGAGACUGUAUUCAGAAACUAGCCAUGACUUUAACCAAUUUCUUAUUAUCUUCCCCAGAUUGACCAGAUAAACACAGACCUGAAUGCAGAGCGUAGUAAUGCCCAGAAGAAUGAAAAUGCUCGCCAGCAGUUUGAGCGUCAGAACAAGGAACUUAAGGCCAAGCUUCAGGAAAUGGAGAGUGCUGUGAAGUCAAAAUACAAGUCUUCUAUUACUGCGCUGGAAGCAAAGAUAGCACAACUGGAAGAACAGCUGGAUGCUGAGACAAAGUAGGUGCUUGUGAUCUGUCAUGCAUUCAUCCUGCAUCUUAAUGUAUGGGUGCAGUCAUAAAAAAAAUCUGUGAAAUAUUGUCAUUAACUUGGGUGAAGAAAUCUGAACUGAAGUAUUUCUUGACCUCUGUUUCUUUAUAAGGCCAGGUCACAUGCAGUUCUUAGCAAGUACUUUCAAGGAUCACACAUGCAUUAUCAAUGGUGCCUGUGAUUGCUCAAUCUUCUCUAGAGUGCCUAGUAAAUCUUGCACACUUAAAUCCUUCUGUAGAGGCAUCAUAACCUUCUGAAUAAAAGGUAAAACAGCCAAACAGCCACGGAAGUGCAUAAUCGGCUACAAUGCAUCUUCUGUCUCUACAGUUACUGCUUGUGGAAGGUUGUGUCAUAUGAAUUCAUUUUAACCUGAAAUGCAAUUGGCACAAAUUAGUCCCAUGUAACCCAAGAGCUCUCCUGACUUUGACAGGCACUUGGCUCAAACUGCAGACCAUGCCCAUAGGAUACCUGCUUAGUGACCCAUUUUCUGUUUAACUUAGUCCUGGCUGCUGGUGCUCUCAAAAUACUCCAUCUUGGCCUUGAAAGCUUUGGUGCCAGCAGCACAGUACGUUAGCAUUAUUCUUUCGUCAUAGGAAACUGCGAGUUGCUCACUCUUACCAUUUUCCUUCUGCAAGUUAUCUCCUUUGCAUGGGAUCUAGGAAUGUCUCCAAACAUGGAAGCUUGGGCUACUUCUGAAUUCUUCCAUCAAUCUGAUGUGGUACUUUCUUUACAGGGAGCGCCAGGCUGCCAGCAAGCAGGUGCGACGUACUGAGAAGAGGCUGAAGGAUGUUGUCCUGCAAGUGGAGGAUGAGAGGCGUAAUGCUGAGCAGUACAAGGAUCAGGUAUGUGCUGUGUUGAGGAUUGGCAUUUGGUAAUGUGAGCUGUGUGGCAGGUAGCUGCUACCCUGCAAUCCCGUCAACACUGUUGGAGCUGUUAGCAAGCUUUUAGGGUGCUGCCAGUGACUUCUGUUCUCUACCUUUUUUGCUGGAGGCUGCAAGAGUCUCUACAUCAAUAAAAUUUCCACCCAUCUAGCAAUGAAUGUCACAUGUCAUGAUGUCUGGUAAUGGACAUUUCAGUGCCAGCCUAGAGAAUUUCCAGCUUCAAGAUUGCUUAACUCCCAAAUGUUGGCUCAGACUGCUUCUCUUAGAAAGAAGGAAGAAAACUCUGAUCAUAGGUUGCAUAGCUGCAGAAUGGCACAAAUUUCACAAGGUUAAAAUCCAGAUUCUGGAAACUAUGUUUUAAGGAGCUAGGGCUGCUAGGUACUGUAAUCCAUGUAGUUCAGAUUAAAAAUUCCAAGUUGGUUUCCAUGUUCAGGAGUGAAUGAACAAGUGUUGAGAGAGCUCCUUUUUCUGCUUUGCAGGCAGACAAGGUGAAUGUCCGUUUGAAGCAACUUAAACGCCAGCUGGAGGAGGCAGAAGAAGAGGCACAGCGAGCCAAUGCAGCUCGUAGAAAGCUGCAGCGGGAACUAGAAGAUGUCACUGAAACGGCUGAUGCCAUGAACCGUGAGGUCAGCUCGCUGAAGAGCAAACUCAGGUAAGAUGCCCUCUUGUCAUAUUUCCUGAAUGCAUGAAUGUACACAUUACUCAAAGAUGAAAUGCCAGUUUCCACACUGCAUGACACUUUUACUCUCUUCAACAGGCGGGGAGACAUGCCAUUUGUAGUGACACGCCGGAUUGGCAGGAAGGGUGCAGGUGAAGUAUCUGAUGAGGAAGUGGAUGGCAAGGCUGAUGCUGGAGAUGCCAAAGCUACUGAAUAGAGCUGCCUUGUGGAUCCGGGUCACACAUGAUGGAGUGACCCACCCUCCCUUUGUCCAGUGGACUUCUGCAAACCCUUCUAAAACCUGCCGGGGGAAGUGGAGCACAUCUAUUGAAACGUUCCCUUGAAUAUCUGGAGCCAUGACAUUAGUGUUGUCCCUCCCAGCUUCCAAGCUCUUUUGUAUUGAAUGCCAAAGAGUCUGCAGCCCAAUCAGAGUCUGGGAGCUACAGAGGCCUGUAGCAUUCAUUGUCCUUGCCAUGGCUGCUGGGGAAUUUACAUAGUUUGAGGGGUGGGGGUGGGGUGACUCCUUUUCGUUGCUGUAAAUCAACUAUUUUCUUCCAAUAACGAGUUUGUGAUAGAUGCAGGGAAUUUGUCCCGUCCCCUUCCUCUUGUUUGCUUUUGGCAAUCAUGUUCAGUGACCUCACAUUUCCAACCUCCUCGGUCUACUCACUUAGCCAGUUUGGGAGUCAUGUUGAACAGGAAAACCAAGUGUUCCCAACAUGACUCCUAAAUGUCUUCAAAGACCAUACAGUCUUGGAAAGUUUUUUCCUAGAAGAGAGUUUUAAGUUGGCCCUCUUUUUGCUAAUGUCUGGACAGAUCUGAAGUGCAAUGGUGUCUGUGUUGCGUUGUGUCUCAGAGGUGUGUUAGUGGCAGACCAAGGAAGCAGCAAAGUUUUUUCCUGUGUGCUUGCUGGAGAAUCUAUUCGGGACCAAAUAUAUUUAAUGGUAACAGACAGUAUCUAGUGGGUUUUGAAUGGAGUGUGAACAAAGUCCUUUAUUGUGAAGUCCAAGCAUCCAGCUCUGUAAUCGGGGAUGGGUUUAGUUAUUCUGCACAGUGACUAAGAGUAUAUUAAAGAAAAAAGCAUUUUAAUCUGCACAGAUUAUACAUUGAAGGCCUUUGUAUCUCUCGUUUAUAAGUAAUUAAGAAAAAUAAAGGUCUUUAUCACUGCCUUUCUAUGGGGACUGCGGUUAUAUAGAUAAUCUUUACUUUUCUACACUGUACACUGGUUGCUGGAUUUACCUGUAUACUUAACCAUAUUGUAUAUGCUGCAUUUAGACUUAUGAGCAAAUGACAAAUUAAAAUAAGAUUACCCUAUACUGUAUGGUUAGUGCUCUCCACUGUGAGAGCCUCCAGUCCUGGUUGCUGUCACAAAUAAAUCUGCAAACUUUUUUAUACAAUAAGUGCCUUAGCAUGUGCCUCUGCGGUGACUCCACUACAGUCAGUAAUGGAUUACCGAUGCUCCUCUAACAAUAAAGAUUGUCCAUGUGCUGCAGUCUUCUGUGUAUGCUUAUGUACCAUGUGCCUGAAUGUUGUGGAGCUGCCCUGUUGAAUGCCUAGCACUAGAGAACCUAGCACAAGAAGUAGGGGAUAUAUAUUGUUAAUAAGAAACUUUUUGCAGUGCCAAAUUACUAUUUUGAAACCAUCUGUCAUCAGCAGAGAUCUGUCUAUUGGGUAUGGAGCUAUGUUGGAGAGCAGGGAAUGAGUGAACUUGAUGAAAUAACUGCAGGGUUAUACUAGCCAUCUUCAGACUUUUCUUUUCAUGAAGGUACAAAAAUCCCAAAUCUCCUGCAUGACUCAGCAAUUUUUAUACCCUUCCUGUAGAACAGGGGUCGGCAACCUAAGGCCCAUGGACCAGAAGCAGCCCACAAAGGCCGUUUAACUGGCCCAUAAGCUGCCCCCGAACCGAGCCGCCUGAUCGGCGAGUCCCCGCGUGCUGCACUAAAGCAGCAUGAUGCGGGGACUCUCUUCCACAGCCCCGGAAAUCGCUUCUGCGCAUGACCAGACGCCGGAAAUCACUUCUGCGCAGGUGCGAUUUUGGGCAUCUGGGCAUGCACAGAAGCAAUUUCUGGUGUCACGCUGUGCUGGCCCGGCCCAUGGAGGAUCUCCACAGAGUGAUCCGGCCCAUGCCCGGAAAGCCUUGCCAACCCCUGCUGUAGAAGGCUAGCUUGUCAGUCCAUUGUGCCUGUUUUCUUUGUGUAGGGAGUUUAUAUGAAAGCAUUUAAUUAUACAGCAACCUAUCUGCAUUUUACAGUGGUACAAUUCCAGUAAGACAGUAAGUAUCAUGUAAUUAAUCUGAAUAUGUAGCUCUGCUGUAAGAGAUGAAUGUCAAGCUUUCAGUAAAAAUGUGCUGUUCUUCAAACUUCCCCAGCAGAUGGCUAAAGGGGAAAUUGAAAUUCCAGUGAUGUAGCUUCAUAGAUCAACUUGCAGCCUGAUAGUUCGGUAAAACUGAUUCUGUUCGUUGUCAGUUGCAUUCAAUAGCUUCAGUACCCUUCAUCCAACACUAGGUGUUGGGUGAAGUUUCAUUUUAAAGUACCAAUUGGAUCAUUUUAUAGACGAUAUACUACUAGUAUUGGAUGGCUUGUUCAACUGAUACUCUAAAAAGGGGCCUACAAUAUAAUAAUCUACUUUUAACUGGGCAGCUUUUCUGAGUAGCCUACAUUGAGUCGUUAAGUGGCAGGAAGACCAGUGAAGAAUCAGAGCUUUGAUACCUACUUUAAUGUGGUUAGUAUGAUUAUAUGAGCCUAGCUGAGGAUGAAUCUGAGGCAGUAUUCAAGCAAAAGCAGUUAACCUUGAAGGGAAUAUGCUGCUUACUGCUUAAGUUCCUGUAAAAAUCUUAAGGCAGGGGAAUAGAAGGUAUGCUGAAAAUGUAAGCACUUGUGUGGCUACAGCUAUUAUGUGAAAGGGAGCUUAGCAACAACUUCAGAACUGGUGCUGAUGAAAAUUCACACACUUUUUCUGGAAAUGAGCUGGGACUGCACAUGCCUCAAAUCAACCUAUGCUCCCCCUCCCUCAUUCCCCUGCAGAAGUUGCAGUGUUCUGUGGGUAAAUGCAGGGAAAUCCUUGCAGCAUACACAACUCACUCAUUUCUCCUCAAUCCAAUUCACAAAAAUAAAUACAAAGUGAGUGAUUAAAAAAUAGAAAGGCUCAUACUGUGUCCACUGUUGCUAGCUUGCUCCCCAGCAAGGUCAC